CAGCUCCAAUGUCAUCACCUAGGCGACCGGGACGCUACUUUGUCAGCGGGUGCAGUUAAAUAACUCAGAAUCUCAACCCUUUAGGCCUCUCUCUCUCUCUGUCUCUUUGAGGGAAACCCAAACUUACUGGGGGCUGCGAACAGGUAAGAGGACACAUUCCCCUUCCCCUCCUUCGCUCUGCUCUAGAAGCAUUUCUUUUUUCUUUUAAAAGAAGGUGUGAUUUGCACACAUUUGAUGGUCACAAUCAGAUCCUGGUGUUGCAGGCUGCGAUGUAAGGGAGAGGGGGUAAGAUUUGCUUCCCUGGCUAAUCCCCCUCUGGCAGGAAAGAUAGGUCUGCAUUUUUGGAUGGGGCAUUAGCGCUACAACAGACACAUGACCCGUUGGCAAAAGUUGUGUGUGGAUGACUUGGCUCUAGAGAGUGAUGCUUGCCGGCGUUUGCGUUCAACUGUUUCCAUAAUUUCAAUAGGAAUGGAAGGGUCUGCUCAGUUUUGGUUCUUUGGAGUUCUCAUUUCCCCCAGUCUUGAAUUCAGUUAUUCCCCUUUUUUCAGCAAUUUGCAGUUAAAAACAACAACUCCUCAUCAGCAUUUUAGCGCAAAUUUCUUCUAAAAAGCAUAUUUCAGCAAAGCAAUUUCCACUAAUACAUGCAUUUGCAUGCACACUUUACCCCAGUAUGUGCCAAUUUUUUUGUACACAUUACCUGGAUGGAAACCUGCAUUGCAAAAUCAGGACACAUGUGAAUUUCGGAUGGUGGUUGCGUAUUGGUUCGCAUAUACGUUCGCAUGUACGGGUUGUGCAGGCUCACCUUUAAAUGUGAACUGAAUCGCCCCCAAACAUAUAUGUGUUCUGAAUCACAGCCUCAGUCUCCCACUGAAACCAUCAACAAUUUCCAAUACUGAAGUUUGACCAGACUGAGCCAAUGCUCUCACGAAGUUUUUGUUUAUGUGGCAAAUGGUUAUUGUUGCGGCACCACCUGUGAAAAUGCAUUACAAAGUUACAUAAAUAGAGAAGUAUUGCUUCAAUCUAAAAUGGACAAUGCAGGUGAGAAACAGUCACAGAAGGGAGGGGUCAAAUCACCUACAACCCCUCCCCCCCGAUUCCACAAAUAUUAUUGAAAAGCAUUGAAAAUUUUCUGAGGUUUUGCCCCCUCGCAUACAGAAGCUUGCCCCACCAAAUGUCCUGCUGAUACGGUAUUUUUAUUUUUACCUGUGAUUUCCCAAGAAAGGCUCAACAACUUUGAGUCCCUAAAAAAAGCUCAACAAUGGGGGCUGCCCAAAAAGAGUUGUUUUAACUGUAAGAAUAUAAAUACACUCAUACCUCGGGUUACAGAUGCUACGGGUUGCACACCACACUGAACCUGGAAGUACUGGAAUGGGUUACUUCCAGGUUUCGGCGGUUGCGCAUGUGCAGACGUGCCGAAUUGCGACAUGCGCGUGCGCAGAUGCGGUGCUGUGGGUUGCAAAUGCUGUGGGUUGCAAACGCGCCUCCCACAUGGAUCACGUUCGCUACCCGAACGUCCACUGUACCAUAAAUGUGUCUUCAGUAGCUGGUCAUGGAGAAAGGCAGACUGCAGCCUUUCCUUGAACAAAAACGGAAGAACAAAAUGGAAGUAGGGGGCACAGAGGGUGACAGCACCCAGAAAAACAUCACCACAGGGAAUUUUUCCCCCCUCAGUCAAAACUCACAGAAACUCAGUUCCAGCACCUCUCAGGUGGGCACCAUUGCCAUUGUAAGAGAACAAGGGGAGGUGUUUGUGGUGAUUUCUGACACAUCUUUUCCUAGAGAAAUAGCACUGGUCACAGGUACACACCCCCACCCCACCCAGGAGCAGGCAAUAUCCCAAUCAAACAGGUCUUCCUCUUCCCAAAACCCCACAUUUCACAACUUAGGAGUACUGUGAGUGGAGGCUGGGCGAACCACAUUGGAGACCCCAGGCCUAGUAGUAGGGGCAAUCUCAUCCUUUAUUUGCACACUGUGGCUCCAGUCCAAAUCAUCUGUCAGGAGAGCUAUUCCCAGGAUGCAGGCAGGAGGCACCCAUGAGGGUGCUGCCUGGGGGGGGGAGGGGUUUCUGUUGCCUCAGGCAGCUACUUCACGCCACUUCAUGGGUGGGCUGGCCUUGCCUGAGGUCAUUAUGGGCAUGCACACUGGUAUCUGUUUACCUGUAAGCACAAACCAUUGUUUGUUUGUUUUUUAAAUACAAAUUUCUCAGUCUACUGAUUUGCACAAAACAGCAGCCAUCUCUCUCUCUCUCUCUCUCUCUCUCUCUCUCUCUCUCUCUGUGUGUGUGUGUGUGUGUUCCUCCAAGCCAAGAAACCUGAGGUCCAUGGGUAUUUCUCUACAUGUGCUCAUACACCUUUUGUGAUUUACCAUGCUUGCACAAAAUAGCAAUCCAAAACUAAAAAUAAGUGAUGCCUCACUCCAAACUAGGUAAGGAUUUGGAAUGAGGCAUAUUGAAAAGCAUGUACUCAAUUAUCUGAGGUUCUGCCCCCCCACUCCCGCUCAGAAGCCUGUCCCCCGCAAUGUCUUAUUUACAGGGCAUAUUUAUCUGUGAUUUUGAUUUGCCCAUGGGUCAAAUCAAUGAUAUGUACUUAGAAUUUGGAAGGAGUACUGAAUGGAUGAACCAAAGACCAUACAGUGGUACCUCUGGUUACAUACUUAAUUUGUUCCGGAGGUCCAUUCUUAACCUGAAACUGUUCUUAACCUGAAGCACCACUUUAGCUAAUGGGGCCUCCUGCUGCUGCCGCGCGAUUUCUGUUCUCAUCCUGAAGCAAAGUUCUUAACCUGGGGUACUAUUUCUGGGUUAGCGGAGUUUGUAACCUGAAGCAUAUGUAACCUGAAGCGUAUGUAACCCGAGGUACCACUGUAUUUAAAAGCAGGGGGUUUGUGGGAAAGAAAGAGCGAUGGAAGGGCUGUAGCUCGGUGGCAGAGUUUCUGCUUUGCAUGCAGAAGGUCAUUGGUUCAAUUACCAGCAUUUUCAGAUAGGAUUGGGAUAGACCCCUGCCUGCAUCUCCAGAUAGGACUGCCUGAAUUUUUGGAGAGCCACUGCCUGUCAGCGCAGACAAUACUACUUGGUAUGGGGGUAGCUUUCUAUUGAAACAACUAUUCAUUUAGAACUAUUCAUGAUAACUGGAAUCUUAUUAUCGUUGAGAAAGGGGUUGCAGCACAGUGAGAUAGCAGCUUCCGGUGUGUGGCAGCAAGAGUUUGUCUAGAAAGAGCAGGGCUGGUGUCUGGUUUGAAGGGGCCCUGAGCAGUUCUUAUCAGAGAGCAGCAGCACUGGGACAACUGAGCAGGCAGUGGAGCACAACAGCAGCAAACAGCCCAGAACUCUGAAAGUGCUGGGCAAGGUGGCUGAAGACUCUGCCCCCUUAAUUUCUCGAGAAUGCCUCUGAACAUGAGAAAAGUCUUGCCAGAGUAAGCCAGUUGCUAGGGAAUUGCAAGAGGUGAAAGCAUGGCUGCUCUCUGGUUCUGCGAUUGGAUUUCCCAGAGGUUGCUGGUUGGCUGUGGUUGAGAACCAGAUUCUUAUGAUAACCUCAGGAGAAAAACCCUAUCCAGUUUCCCUACAAGUCACCAAAGUUUCAUAUAUGCAGGUCCACUGUUACUCAUCCACUGUGACACCUCUAUGAGGAAAGGUUGCAGCCUUUGGGACUUUUUAGUUUGGAGAAUGGAGAAAACUUGUCCUCUCUCUCUCUUGUAAUGUUAGAACUCAUGGACAUCCCAUGAAGCUGCAAGGCUCAGCACAGAUAAAAGGAAGUGCUUUUUUAUGCAACACACUUUUCAACUUUGGAACUUCCUCCCACAGGAGACAGUAAUGGCCACCAGUUAAGAUGGCUUUAAAAGAGCACUGGACAAAAUCAAGGAAGAGAAGACUGGUGACUGGGAGCGGACACCAGGACCAUAUAACACCGGUCCUAAAGGAUCUUUAUUGGCUCCCAGUGCAUUUCCAAGCACAAUUCAAAGUGUUGGUGCUGACCUUUAAAGCCCUAAAUGACCUCAGCCCUGUAUACCUGAAGGAGCAUCUCUUCCCCCAUUGUUCAACCAGACACUGAGGUCCUCCUCUGAGGGUCUCCUGCUGAUUCCCUCCCUGAGAGAAGUGAGGUUACAGGGAACCAGGCAGAGGGCCUUCUCGGUGGUGGCACCCUCCCUGUGGAACACCCUCCCAUCAGAUGUCAAGACCACCACCCACCUGACUUUUAGAAGACAUCUGAAGGCUGAAGGCAGCCCUUUAUUAGGAAGUUCUUAAUGUUUGAUGUUUUAGUAUGUUCUGAAAUAUGCUGUGAGCUGCCCAGAGUGGCUGGGGAAACCCAGCCAGAUGGACAGGGUAUAAAUAAAAUCAUCAUCAUCAUCAAUAACCAUUACAGUUAUGCUCUGCCUCCAUGUUCAGAGCCACUAAUGCUUCUGAAUACCAGUAGCUGGAAACCAAAGGAGGGGAGAGCGCUUUUGCACUCGUAUCCUGCUUGCAAGUUUCCCACAGGCAUCUGUGUGGCCACUGUGGGAACAGGAUGAUGGAGUAGGCAGGCCAUGGGCCUAAUCCAGCAGGCUCUUCUUAUGUUUGUUUCCUAAACUAAAAAUCCCCGUACAUCACAACCUUUUCUUCCAGGUGUGUUACUCCAGCCCUUUGGUCAUUUUCAGGGUCCAGAAGCAUUCUGGAAACUUCAGGUGGUGGCUGUAGCUGCCUCACCAAAUGCUUAUUUAUAGAGGGUCCCAAGGAGGCUGAUGUCACCAGCAUGGCUGUCCAUGUCAAGGCUAGCACCAGCAGUCAGCCAGGCUGAUCCCUUGCCAAGGGCCCCAGGACUUGGCCCAACUCCUGGCCUGUUACUGGCUUUCCCCCCUUGACCUCCUUGCCACGUCUGGGCUCAGAGAAAUUGCUAAGUGGGACCUUCACAGAGCCUGGCUUACUGGGAGAGGUGGCCAGUCACUGCCUGCCCUUCCCCAUGGGAUUCAGAAUCCACCUGAAGAAGGGGAACAUCAUCCAGGCACAUGGCAAUUAGGAACAAAAAGCAAGGGGACAAAAGAGAUAUUUAUUAAUUCAAAGCAGCAGCAGCUCUAAAUAAUGUAUCUUUUCCCAAAUUUCAACAAAGAAGAACCACUAGAACUUGAAAUGUGGUAGAUUAAUACCUUCCUGGCUCCCCCCCCCUUUGCUCCUACUUCCAGUUCAUUUGAGGUUUUCCAUUUUUGUUGCAUCAUGGCAAUUAUGGCUUCUCUUAACAGUUUUGCUCAAUAAGUUGUUCAGUAGAUGUAAGGGUCCUCAGAAAUGGAUAACAGGGAAGGGGCAUCUAUUUUGCAUGUAGAACCUGCUUUCCCAGGAAUCUGUUUCCCCAGGUUUGAAUGCCUGACAUCUCCAGGUAGGGCUGGGAACAUUCUGAAACCCAGAAGAGCUGCUAUCUGUUAGUGUAGGAGGUGAUACUGAGCUAGAUGGACCAAUAGGACCAUAGCAGCACAAGGCAGCUUCUUGCUUCUUGAGGAAGGGUCAUAGCACCUGCUUUGCAUGCAAGAAGGUCCCAGGUUCAAUCUCCAGCACCCUCAGGUAGGACUGGGAGAGACUCCCUGCUGCUGCCAGUCAGUGUAGACAGUACAGAGCUAGAUGGGCCAAUGGUUCUGAUUCGCUUUAAUGCAGCUUGCUGUGUUCAUAACAAGGUUUAGAAAACACAACUGAUAGGUCAAGAGCCACAAGCUCAAGAAACCCAGAAAACAACCAGCAGCCCCUCUGGGGUAGGAGCCAGUGUGAACUAGCUGCCUACCAAAAUCCAAUGAGAUGAGAUUAGGACACCUGCAUAUUCCUGCAUUGCAGGGUGUUGGACUAGAUGACCCUUGGGGUCCCGCCUAUUCUGCAAUUCUAUGAUUCUAAGUAAAUAGGCAAUUAAUUAUAGGCCUGAUGCCUUUUUUAAAAAAAAGAAUGCCAGAAGCUGUUUACCUUUGACAGCCAAACAACAGGCUGAAAUGGGGAGGACAUGAUGGUGUGAGGGGGAGACUCUAUACCUGCUGAACUUCUACCUGUGACCCUAAUGUGGAAAGCGAAAAGAGCAUCUAUCCAUAAAGCUGGUGGCAGGGCUAAUUAAUUAUGUUUUAGUUUUAUAUAGAGGAACACCAGAGCCUCCAACCUCACUGGUGUGCAGGUUGCUUCCUUCCUUAAUCCCUUGGCUGGUCCCCUGAUUCCAAGAGCUUGGGGAUCUAGCACUCAUCUCCUCUGCGGCCUUGUGCUUGGAAACAAAAGCCCUGUAGAACUCAUUACAUUGAAUUGUUGCCAUUUCAGCUCUAGGCAGAACUGGAACCUGGCCUCAGAUGCAGUAGCAAAGCAUUGUAGCGUAGUCUGGGGCAGAGGGAGGCAGUAAGCCAGAUUGUUAUCCUCCUCCCCCUGCAUGCAGUCCAAAUUUGACAGCUGAGUGGUGUAUCACAGUGACACCUGGUUGACCCUUUUUGCCUACAUGAUUCAACACCAAACUAUGCAGGCAAAUGCACUCCACAGGAUUCAGCAAUCAGCUUAUUGGGGGUGGGUGUCUUGCAAAGGGCUUUUCAGGUGCCGAUCAGCUGAUUGGUGGUGCUUGUCCUACCAGUUUUGGCUGAACCAGGACUUUUACCUGUACAUAGGAAGAGAGAAAGCUGCUGAGCCAGUCCAUCUAGCAUUGUCUACACUGGCUGGCAGUGGGACAUUCCUAGCCCUGAGAUGCUCUGCCACUGAACUAUGGCUCCUCCCCUGCACGAUACCUAACUUCUUCUAUGACAUAUUAGGUGUUGGGCAGACGGCUGCGGCUUGGCUGAAAUGGCCUCGAGGGCCAAAUGCCGAGGCUUGGUGGACCUAAUCUGGUUUGAAGGCCGGAAAUUUCCCAACCUUGAUCUAUCUUCACAGUCAAACAUCUAUGGCUAUUCAAAAUCACCUUAUGAUUAUCUGCACUUUUAUUUUUAAGGCACUUUGUGUUUUAACAUGUACGCCACCUUAUUUUAUGGCGCAGCAGUAUAUGAACACUUCUAUAAAUAAAAUACCUCAGAGCUUGCUAAGCUGAUUUCCUACUCCUUUUCUCCCCUUUAGGGCCAUCUAUCCUUCAUCAGAGACCCCUGCUGUGAAGAUGUCUGAGUCUUCCCCAGCAGACGAAGGCACCACAUUCGAGCACCUUUGGAGCACCCUGUAAGUAUCACCUGUAUGCCACUGUCUAGGUGAACGGAGCUUUGCAGUGAUAAGCCCCUGCCCCAAAGAGCUUACAGUAAUGUCCUUGUUGCCCUGACUUUCCAUCCAUAAUUUUGGCUAAUUUUCUCUCCCACUGCAGGCAAACAGGAGACCCCACAUGUAUUGUUUUUUUGAUGCCAUACCUGGAUUUAGGAGCUUCACCCAGCUGAUGCAGAUAGCAGAAAGGGCUUAUUCCCCCCCCCCCAUUGUCAAGCAGGUUACAUCAACCUGCACAGACAUCAGCAUUACAGUAACCUGUGCUUUUGGCCAAGACCCCACAGAGGAGCUGGCAUGACUCAGUAACAGGACAGGCGUUCAGGACCCUGGCCAGCUCCUUGAAGCACAGAUACCACCAGCUAAGGAUGCAGCUCCAGCAAAGGUGCAGAGCCACCUGGGGGGGGUUAAAUAAUAUUGCAGCCAUCUAGCUCCACCCCCUCUGUGGGAAACUGCUGCACUUAAAGAGGUCAUGCCCUAUUUAGGCCAGAGGUUGCCAACAUUUCUGGGGGCUAUGGACCCAUCUACAAAUAGAAGAAACUGUUGAGGGCAACAGAUGCACACUGUUCAACUGGCUGUAGCAAAGUGCUGCCUUCAAGUCUAAUUUUAGCAGAAGGAAAGGAACUGUGGGCUCUUACAGAGACAACUCCUAUCUUAGGCAUUGGCACCAGCAGGGCUGGGGACCAUCAUUGCUGCUCCAGACUGCAGAGUGGUAAUCGCAAAGUGCCCUCCCUCCACUGUGGAUAGUUCCAAAGGGGACUUGUCCUCGGAGUCAGAGCCCUGUCCAGUGGGAGUUGACAAUGCAGGGUUGGUGUUUUCAGGGCUCUUAUCAGGCCUGGCUCUGUCUGAACAGUUUCCCCCCCCCCCAUCAUCUCUAUCAUCUCUUCACCAAUAUUUCAGCCUUCACCAAUCUGGAGUGCUCUAGACUGGUGGAGGUUGAUCUAUGCCAUCAGGAUUCUGGGACCACAAUGAAUGGCUUUCUUAAAAUAAUAAAUAAAUAAAUAAAUAAAUAAAUAAAUAAAUUCCACAGGGUAAUUUACAACUUCAGUAACAGCCAUGCAACAACCAACAUGCAUGCAUUUGUAUUCCAUAUGAAAUUAGUUUGCAGAGAUGCACAGUUUUGAAAGACAAUUUUAAAAUGCAUGCAUUCAAAAUGAUGUAUAUCACAGGGACAUAGGAAGCAGCCUUCUUCGGAGUCAGGCUAUUGGUCUUACAAGCUUAAUAUUGUCUGAACUGCCUAUAUGGACUGGCAUCAGCUUUCCAGAGUUACAGGCAGGGAUCUAUCUCCCACCCCUACAUAGAGAUUCCAGGGACUGGAUCUUCUGCAGGCAAAGAGCACCACAUAAUGCCUGCUCUAUGCUUGCAAGGAAUCAGUCCUUCAGUGUGGCAGCACUUCUUAUUUGGAGCACACCGCCCAUUGAUAUUAAGUAAGUGCCUUCACUGUACUGUUUUCUGUGUCCCAGACAGGUAAAUUUGACAUGCUAUUAAAUUUGCAAAUUUAUUUCAUUAUGUAUAUAUUUAAACUGCUGGCUGUAUAUUGCAAAAAGCAGCCCAGCUAACACCUGAUUUUAUUGGUAAUUUUAAUGAGGGCCUUAUAUUGUAUGCCUGCCAUGUACCAAGCAAUCCUACGUUUUGCCAGAUGACCCUCACCUCAGCUGGGCAGAGCCCUGCUUAAGCUAGGAUGUGGGACUUACUGACUGAGCUAAGGGUGGGGAACUUACUCUAGUGUAGCUCCAAAUCAGUUGUGAAAAUGCAAGAUCCUCUAAACCCAUACUCUCUCAUCCUAGGGCAUCUUGAAUUUUGAUUGCACCAUUGAAGAUUUUGGGGAUUAAGCUGGUAUAUAUACCUUGCUAAAAAUGAAUGAAUGAAUGAAUGAAUGAAUGAAUGAAUGAGUAGAAGUGCAAUGUGAGGCUACAUUCAUUGGAGACCAGACCAGAUGCACUGAAGUCUUUUUGUUUCCUUUCCACCAGGGAACCCGACAGCACUUAUUUUGACCUUCCCCAGUCGGGGCAUGCAGGGAGCAGUGAAGCUUCUAACCGCACAGAAGUCACCAUGGAUGUCUUCCAGAUGAGAAGCAUGAAUGACUCCGUAAUGGUAAGAGAUGGCAAGAAAGUGGAAGGCUUUGUUGACUCAGUUGAAGCUGCAGAGGAAUGACAUGGUGAUGGGUUGGUUCAAGGGAUACGUCAGACUUCAAGCACUGGUGUCUGGACUGGUAGGGCAGAAGGUAGGGAGAUGAACAGUAGGUGGCGCCAGAGCCAAGGGUAGCCAGAGCCAACUGAUCCCAGUUUUGUCUCCAUCUUCCUCUCUACUGAGUUCUGCAAGAAGCAACACUGAGACUAAGGAAGUGGAAGCUGAUAGGCAGUGCCACCUCCUGGGCUGUAAGUAAGAAGGCAAUACAGCUGGAGACUAGCUGAGAUCAUAGGGCCCCUUUGACCCUAAUGGAACAGCCUUCUUCUACUACUACUACUACACAGAGAGAGAGAGAGAGGGAGAGGUAUUUCCCACUCCUAGUCUGAAAUGGUACUGUCUGUCCUAUCAUUUCAAAACUCUACCAACAUGUCCUGCAGAGGUUUGGCCUCAGGAAGCAUUUGCACCAGCUAAAUUCUCUUUAAAUAAUAAUAAUAAUAAUAAUAAUAAUAAUAUUUAUUACUUUUCCAACAAUUUAAACACUACAAAAACAAUACAAUACAAUACAAAAACACUACAUAACAUUGACACAUUAAACACAUUGAACUAACAAAACAAAACAAAAACAAUAAAAUAAAUCAAACAAUUUCAUUAUCCCAUCUUUCAUUCACUUAUUUCCACGACCUCCUCACACCUCCCUUUUUGUAUUCCACUUCUGUUAAUUGUUUCAGCAAUUCCUUUCCAUCUUCCUCUGUUUUCUAUCCUAUAAUUAUCUUAACUCAUUCUAACCUUAUUUUUUCCUUUAAUACUCUAUUAAUCUAUUUAUACUUAAUUCCUUAUAACAUUUCUACUAAAGCCAUAUAACUUCAUUCCAACAUUUUCCUAACAUUCAUUAAUUUUACAGUAUUUCUGUAAAUAGUCUUUAAACUUUUUCCAGUCUUCUUCCACCGACUCUUCUCCCUGGUCUCGGAUUCUGCCAGUCAUUUCCGCCAGUUCCAUAUAGUCCAUCAACUUCAUCUGCCAUUCUUCCCGGGUGGGUAAAUGCACCAGCUAAAUUCUCAAGGGAAGGAGGAGGUGAGCUCUUUCAAGGUUGCCCCAAUCCAGUAGAUUGCUGCUUUAACGCUACAUCCUUUUCUUUUACAUUUUGAAUUUUGCGUGAUGUGAUUUCCUCACAAUAAACCUCAUUUUUGUUAAUCGCACUGCCUAUGGAUAUAUAAAGGAAACAAUUUGGGGGACCACUUUUGUCAUCAUGGCAUCACAGCAAAGGAGCAAAAGAGCAGCCAGUUCUUCUUCUUCUUCUUCUUCUUCUUCUUCUUCUUCUUCUUCUUCUCCUUCUCCUUCUCCUUCUCCUUCUCCUUCUUCUUCUUCACCACCCUUUGUUGGUCCACAUCCAUCCCAUGACCCCCUCCAGACACUGGUUCACUGUCUGCACUGUCUCUCCUGAUCCAGAUAACACACAGAGAGAUAGAUAUUGAUGAUGCUUUGCUUCAGAUCUCUUGAGGACUGGUUCCAAUGGAUCUGUGAGGUUUGCUAAAUAGAAUGGGAGAGAAGAUUCAACCUUAUGGGGAGGUGGUGCUCACAGAUCAGUUCCCAUGAGGCUGAUCAAAUAUUUCCCAAUGCUAUUCUCUGAAACACCCUUGGAUAUCUUAUCUACUCUAACUGAUCCUUUUACUGGAGAUUCUAGGGAUUGACCUAAGACCUUCUAGAUGCAAAGCAGAUGCUCCACCAUUGAGCUAUGUUCCAUCUUCCAGAGUUGCUUUUGGCUAAAUCAGACCAUUGGGCCACCUUUUGUCUUCUCUAAAUGGCAGCAGCUCUCCAGAAUCUCAGGCAGAUGUCUUUCCCAUCAGAUGGUGAACUCAAGCCCCUUGACUUUACCCACACAUCAGCCUUGUGAAGUAGGUCAGGCUGGGAGACUGAUGCAAGGUCCUCCAGUAAACUUCACAAGUGAGCAGAGAUUUGAACCUGGGUCCCCCCCCCCCGACACUCUCAGUACACUAGCAGUGUGAUGAAAUGUGUCCUCCGAUUUCUCAAAAGCUUGCUUUCCUUGCAAAUGAAGCUUCAGGUUUUCUGCCUCAUUCUCAAGGCAUUUUAGAAUUUCUGUAGGAUUUCUCUCAAUGCAAGGGUUGGAGCUCACUUUAUUGCUGCAAAGGGGUCACAGGUGGUUGAUGUUACUUUCUUUCCCAGUAAACAUUUCUCCAGGGCUCUGCAGCCUCCUGCCCAGUUCCCCCCGCUUCCGAUUUGAGAAAGAGCUAUGGGAUGAGUCACUCACAAUGGUUUUUCCUGGGCUUUGAUUGGAACGUGGGCACCCAGGAAGGCUGCAGACCACUGAUGAGAUGAUGUGUAGAAUAAAAGCAAGGACAUUCACAGACCACUCCCUUGGCCCUCUCAAAAGGUAUGCAUGGCAAACAAACAAACAAACAAACAAACAACCCAAGAAUUUCUCUAAAAAUUUCAUCUCCCCUUUCAAUAUUUUGCAAAUGCAAUUUCCUUUCAUGUUAUUGGAUGGGAAAAUGGGAGGGGGAGGGGAUGCAGGAGAAGAUUUUGGCACAGCACUCCUUUAUAUGCUGGAUCAAAUUAAGGACCCUCUGCAUUCAAAAAGAAGUGAUUUACCAUGGAGUUGUGUGCCAUCCUCUUCACACAGAGGUACCUCUGAUAACUUUCCAUGGAUCCCUCAAGGCUUCUCUCUGGGAGACAGUGGUGGAGGCUACUCCAUUAGGGCCAAUGUGGCACACUGCUCCACCAAUAUCAGUGCACCCUUUGCAUGCCACGUUGCUUACACCCAGUCAGGGGAGUAGCACUGCCCACCACUUCCUCUUCCUGUGUCUCUGUGUUGCCCUUGUAGAACUUCAGCAAGGAGGAGUGGCGGGGACCAACCCAGAAUCAGCUGGCUCUGCCUGUCAUUGGUUCUGGUGCCACCUACUGCUGGACUCCUGCCUCCUGUCCCACUAGCCCCAGUGGGCACCUGUUGCCAGAGUUUCAAAACCAAAGCUGAAGCCACUGCCUAUAGUUUCUCUUGGUUGGUUCCCUCUCCUUCCCCUCCCUAUUCUCUUAUCAUGGUUGGGCCCAUGGCUGCUGGGGUGGGGAAGGAUAUGAAGUAAGAGUCCCAAUAAGGAAGACCAGCUUUCUUUCUUUCUUUCUUUCUUUCUUUCUUUCUUUCUUUCUUUCUUUCUUCCUUUCUUCCUUUCUUCCUUUCUUCCUUUCUUCCUUUCUUCCUUCCUUCCUUCCUUCCUUCCUCCUCCUCCUCUUUUUUUUUAAAAAAAGUUCAUCCACCUCAGCUGAACAGCCAAACGUCUUUCAGGUGUAGGAAUGUGAAUCAUAGAAUUGUAAACUUGGAAGAGACCCUGAGGAUCAUCUAAUUCAACCCCCUGCAAAGCAGGAAUAUGCAGCCAGGGAUUGAACCUGCAACCUUGGUGUUUAUCAGCACCACGCUCUAACCAACUAUGCUAUCCAGGUUUAAAGCUUCUGUUGCUUGACGGGACAAGCGGAAGGCAAACAUUCUUGCAGUAGGUGGAGCACGUCAACAGCACAAAAGCAGAGGCUCUAAUUCAUGCUGGUAUAGAGUUAUGCCGCAAGGAACCGUGAAAAUGUUUUCCUGCGGUGAUACUGAUGUUGCAGUUCUAGGAAUACAGGAAGGAGCCUUAUACCGACUCAGACCAUUGGUCCACCUGGCUCAGUAUUUUCCGCACAGAGGGCUCAUCCACACUUCUGCUUGUUUCAUGCCUAGGAAGCAGGGUCUUACCGAAUUCCUGCUUGCCUCAUGCUUUCUAGGCAUGAGUCUGAGUGGUUUUGCCUUUGCCCCAGAAAACCUACUCUUUAGCCCUAAAUUGGAGCAAAACUGCAUUCUGCAGGGAACCGGCUGCUGUUUGUUCCGAUUUGGCACUAAACUGCAGGUUUCCCCUGAAGAAAGCAGGGGACAAACUGAGGAGAUGAUAAGCCCCAAGUUGCAAGUUUUCAGGCAGGGCUUUCUCACCAGCCCUAUCUAUAGAUGCUGUGGACUGGACCUUCCACACAAAAUGCAGGUGCUCUAGUGCUGAGCUACAAACGUUCCCUGAAGACACAGCAGCACAGGAUGGUGAGUCAGACCAUUAGUCCAUUUCACUAUUGCCUACACUGACUGACAACAACUCUUCAGGGUUUCAUACAGGAUCUCUCCCAGCUUUACCUGGAGGUGCUGGGGAUUGGAUCUGGAACCUUCUGCAUGCAAAGCAGAUGUUCUACCACUGAGUUGUGGUUCUUCCCCCUAUGCACACUUGCUUAGGGGGUCAGCCCCUCUGAACUCAUUGCUGUGUAGACAUGCCUAGGUGGAGUAGCAUUGUGUACAGAGACUGGCAGGAGUUCUCCAGGGAUUCAGUUAGAGGUCUUUCUGUCAUGCUUGCUCCUUCGAUCUCUCAGAGGCUAGUUCAAAGAGGACCUGUCAUCUUGAGGUCUAAGAAAGAAGUGUGAGGAGGAGGAGGAGGAGGAAGUUGUAAACACGGCACCUAAGAUGUAUCAGCCUAAACAGACAGGAGACAGAGAAAGAAGCUGAUAGGUUAAAGGCACAGGGAUCAUCUGGGGAUAUGGAUGCCCCUCACUCUAUCUCUCUUAACCCCAAGCAGAGUUGCACCCAAACUUCCAACACUUUCAUCACCUAGCUGAAGACUCUGGGAAUUGAACCUGGGGCCAGCUGGUUGUGGGAAGAGGGGCAAGACACUCUGACUAGAGAUCUGAACUGAUAGUUUGCAGAGCGGUUUUGAAAGUUGGGUGCAUGCAGCCCCAGAGGCAGUGGAGACUGGUCCAUUAGAGCAAAUGGGGUACUGCCCCACCAACCUUAAUUCCUCUGGAUGUGCUUGGAUAGCUCAGUUGGCUAGAGCAUGGUGCUGAUAAUGCCAAGGCUGCAGGUUCGAUCCCCGUAUGGGACAACUGCAUAUUUCUGCAUUGCAGGGGGUUGCACUAGAUGAUCUGUAGAGUCCCUUCCAACUCUAUUAUUCUAUGUCCACUUGCCUUCUUACUUGCAACUUGCCUAUAGGGUGGCCCUGGCUGUCUUCUUCAUACUCGGCAGGGGGUUGGACUCGAUGGCCCUUGUGGUCUCUUCCAACUCUAUGAUUCUAUGAUUCUAUGAUUCUACUCCUUAGUCUCAGUCCUUGCCCUUAUAGAAUUUAGCAGGUAUGAAGAGUAGGAUGGGGAGUAAAACUAGAAUCAGUUGGCUCUGUCAUUGCUUCUGGUGCCACCUGCUGUUGACUUCCCUGCUUUCUGCACUAUCAGUCCCACUAGGCAUCAGCUACCAUUGCCUAGGGCAAGGAUAACCAAUGCGGUGCUCUCUGUGUUGUUGGACUAUAGUUCCCAUCAGCCCCAAUGACAAAUGAUGAUAGGAGUUGGAAGUCAACAUCUGGAGAGCACGACAUGGCUAGGGCCACAGGUUUCCCAGCCCUCUUGGAAGCAAGGAUCCUCUGUAACAUUUUAUUGCAGGUUCUGCUUGUGGAGUGCUAAUAUGCCAACCCCUGUCAAUAAUAUCUGAGCUGAAUCACUGUAACCCCACAAUAACAGCCCCUUACGCGGGAGCCCAGAGGAUGUGGUUGCAUCCAGGUGAGUCCGGCUCAAAGAAGACCCGCUGAAAUCAUUGGACCUAAGAUAGUCAUGGUGAGGACCUUCACUGGGUAUACUCUGAGUAGGAUCCAAUCCGUGGUUUACAGAAGAACUGAUCUUGCCCAGAGUUGUAAAGUUCUGCACCAGCAUCUAUAUCUGGGUUUCCCAAACUUCGGUCUCAAGCCGUUUUUGGAAUACAAUUCCCAUAAUCCCUGACUAGCUCCUGCUAGCUAGGGAUGAUGGGAGUUGUAGUCCAAAAACAGCUGGAGACCCUAUUUUGGGAAACCCUGAUCUACAGCCUAAGAUACUGUGGGCUACAGGGCAGUGUUGAGGUCACUUGACCCAACACAAACCAUGUCACAUACCCUACUUUAUAGAGGACAGCCUCUCUGUUGAGAGACCUAGGAGAUGCCCAGCCACAGUUUCCACUUGGACAGUAGCUCAUGCUGACCAAGCAUGGUCAUCUUCACUAUGCUGAGAAGUUCCAUUUAAAUUGUUCCAAUUAAAUUGCUGUCUUUAUCUCUAAAUCUGCCCCUGCACAUAUAAAUUAGCAUUAUGCAAAUGUGAAGCAGAUCUCUGUCCUCUUUUGCCCUCUUUUCUGGAGAAGUGAGAGUGGUCGUUCUCGCUGCCCCUCAGACUCUUUCAAGUCUGCUGGGAAAAUGGAGUUCCAUUGCUCAUGGAAAGUAUAUGGAUAAAGGGAUGGGGGACGAAUGCAAGAGAGAUGGGCAGGAGGCAGCGAAUGAUAAAAGGAGGCUUCAUUCCAAUAUCUCCAAUGGUCCUGAGAGUGUGAAUGUGGAUCCAGAUGAGCCUGUUGGUGGAUAUGCAUGCACUUGUUAGUAUGUGCACUCUACAUCUCAGAGUGUUAAGAAGUUCUUUUCCUAUGGCUGGUUAAGUUCUAAGUGCUGGUUUUGGUGUACAAAGCUCUCUAUGCAGCAUGGGACCAGGACACCCGAAAGAUCAUCUCACCCCUUAUAUACUCAGUUGAUCACUGCGCUCUGCAGGUGAGGGCCUCCUGCAAAUGCCAUCUUACCAGGAGGCUCUUUGCUCACAACGUAGAAACCGGGCCUUCAGUGUGGUGGCUCCAGCUCUCUGGAAUGCCCUCUCCUUGAAUAUUCAACAGCUGCUGUCUCUGUCGUAUUUUUGGUGCCUACCCUCCUCCUCUCCCAACAAGCCUUUUAAGUUGAGAUCUCUCCCAGUCUGCAUCUGUAUUGGAAUUGUUUUCAAGGUGGUCUUUAUCGUUUUAUCACUUGUUGCUUGCUUGCCCUGGGCUCCUUUGAGAAGGAAACGCAGGACAGAAAUAAUUCCUUUGGAAGGAGAAGCAACUUGGAGUCCUGCUUUUGGCAGGCAAAAGCUCCUAGGUUUGGUUCUUGAUAGAAUUGGAAAUGGGCCCUGUCAGAAAGGGUGGAGAGUCACUGUUCAGCAUACACCAGGGGUUAGGAACCUCAGGCCCAGAGCUGAAUGUGGUCCUCCAAACCUCACUUUUUGACCCUUGGAACUCUUCCCAAGCCUCAACUAUAUCCAGAGGCCCUGGGGAACAAGCUGGACACUGAAGAAUCACCACGGUGUCAGGGUUCGUUCUUGCUCAGAUCUGGAACCAGGGGUCUCAUUGGAGGAAGAGCAGGGGGAGCACAGCCGCUCCUUGAGUGCUUCUGCUCAGCUGGAACAUCCCUCUAGCUUGCCUGGUGAAGGAUAGAGAUGAGUGUCUGCAAGUGUGAGUAGAAAUCAAUCUACUGCACAAAGCUGAAGCUUACAUUCAUUGCUCCACCUGCUCUUGCCUCUGGUACCACCCACCACUGGCAUGUGGCCCCUGGAAUAUUGCCCAGAAGGCAAUGUGGCCCUCAAGCUGGAAAAAAAUUCUGCAUCUUUGCCGUUGAUGAUUCUGAGCUGGAUGGACCAGUGGUCUGAUGCAGUAAAUAAGGCAGCUGCCCAUCACCCUCCAUGCUUCCUGAUCCUCUCUUUGCCAGUCCUUGAGACACACACACACACACACACACACACACACACACAAAAUCAAAAGACAAACUAUCCAGAUCCACACCAUACAUUCAAAGCACAUUCAGCACUCAUGACUUCCCUCAGAGAAUCCUGGAAACUGUAGUAUGUUAAAGGCAUGGGGGAUUGUUGCUCCAUGAGGGGUAAACUACAUUUCCCAGGGUACUUUGGAUGAAAGCCAGGUACUUUAAAUGUGCGAUGGAGAUGCUUUAAAUGUAUAAUGUGCAAGGUUACCAUAUUUCAGAAAGUGGAAAUCCGGACACAAAAGUUGUUGAGCUUCUUUUGCAAAAUCUCUUGCAAAAAACAUGGGUUGCCGUACGCCUGGGUUUUCACAGACAUUUUGACCAAUUUUUGGAAAUUCCGCCCAGUCGCUAUUUUUGGUGGAUGAAUCCCGGCUUUGUCUAGGAAAUUCCAGACAUAUGAUAGCCCUAAUGGUGUGGACUAAAGCCUUAUAGGUCAACGGAGAGAAGCUUUCAUGCAGCUUGCCAGCUUGCAGACUUCAUGAUAUUAAAAUCCAUUCAUGCCAGUGGUAUGGAAGCAGCACAAUCAGUACCCCGCUUUGCACUCUUGCAUAUACAGUGGUACCUGAGGUUAAGUACUUAAUUCGUUAUGGAGGUCUGUUCUUAACCUGAAACUGUUCUUAACCUGAAGCACCACUUUAGCUAAUGGGGCCUCCUGCUGCCACCACGCCGCCGGAGCAUGAUUUCUGUUCUCAUCCUGAAGCAAAGUUCUUAACCCUAGGUACUAUUUCUGGGUUAGCGGAGUCUGUAACCUGAAGCGUAUGUAACCAGAGGUACCACUGUAUCUGCAUCUAUCGAUCGAUGGAUUGAUACAUGUUUUUGUUGCAGAAAGAAGGCCUUCUCUUUAAAACACAGACUUCUAUAAUCUAUUACUAUCUGUCUUGGGAACAGACCUUUUUUCCAAGCUUCACAAAUACACACACACAAACACACACCUGGGGACAAUUCCGUUUGCCCGUGCAGAGAAAUCUCACUCUGUCCAUGACAAAGCAACAUACCACCGAAAUCUGUUUCAUGCAGCUAAAAAAAUAUUUUGGACAUGGGAAUUAAGUCUGGCUCGGUUUUAUUCUGCAGAAAGGACACCCACCUCACACUCCAACCCCCCCCCCUUUCCACUGAGAACCAGUGGUACUGUCCAAUACAUCACCGGGCAAGUCUAGGCCUGCCUAUUUCUUUAAUGAAUAGUCAUGAGAGAGGGAAAGGGGUGGGUAUGAGUUUUGUUGUUAGAUGCAGCUAGAUGACAGAACUAAGGUGUGGGGAGGGUGCCGGGGGUGGGGGUAGAGAAGCAAGCAAAAUAGCCAGCCACCAAAGUAGCCAGCCCCACAUCUUUCCACUGCCCUUUCCCCAUUGGCACACCACAGGCACUUCACCGCCCUCCCCACUUUUGCAUGCCGUUUAAAUGCCCCCCGCGGCUCCACCGUCCACCCCUUGACUCCAUGACUCCGGCGACAGGGAUUUCCCCUGUUACUUUUAAACCCCAAGAAGACUAAAAUGCUGUACGCUAGCAACCCAAUGCAGCACUACACCACGGUAGGUGUCGACUUUUCUUCUGCCGAGGGCUCGGUUCCCGUGACGCGGUGGCGCUUGGCUAGACCUAAACAGGGCACCUGUGGAUUCUUGAGGAAUGCCAGUGUGGGCUGGCUCAGGAUGGGUUGAAACAGGGUAGCGUUUGCUUUGCCUGUUAGCAAGUGGUUCAGUGGCACAGGACAUCUGCUUUGCAUGCAGAAGGUCCCUGGCAUCCCCAGGUAGGACAGAGAGAGUCUGAAAACCUGGAGGGACACUGCCAGCCACUGUCUUUGCACUUCUGAGCAUGUGGGGAGACGCAUUGAUCUCACUCUAGCAGGCUUGCAUUGACGAUGGAGUUGGGUCCUACAGCACAGGAUGCUUGUUUGGCAAGGCAUCUGGUACGGUGGCUCAGUGGUGUAUUUUGACCUUUGUCUCCAGUUGAGAUAAAGGAUUGGGCUCUGACUUGACUCCCACAUGUCAAUUUUUUUAAUGCUUCUCUUGCGGGUAUUUCCCUAUGCAUCCAUAACUUUGUAAGGGAGGCUGUUUAGGAAGCUGCUCAAGAGGACUGGGGACAAAAAAGGAUCUGUAAAACCAAAGACCCGGUACGUUUAGGAUAUGGCAGUCAACAAAGACCACAGGGGAAUCUACGUUGUCCUUUUUAGGAAUGGGAUCCUGCGAUUUAGCCUACGCUGUGACAGUUCAGCUGUUUGCAGGGGUUCCAGCAAAAUGCAACACAAUGUUUUGGUCCUCAGCAUGGUCUUCAAAGAGUGACAGAGGAGGGUUUGUCAACAUGCCCACAGAAUUUGGCUCCUUACCACAGUGAAUCGGAAACGAGCUUCCUUAGAAUAAAAGAAAGGCACUCACUGGCAAUUACUGAUGAAGUGCUUGGCUCUUAUUUCAAAUAUUAUAAGUAGAUAAAUGCCUUUAAUCAAUAGUAUGUGUCAGUUAAGUAGUCCAUUAAGUGUUCCAUUAAGCAGUCAGUUUGAUUUUGCUCAGAGUAGACCCAUUAGGCUUUAUCUAACAUUAGUCCUAGAGUAGACCAAUUCAUUCCAAUGAGUCUAUUUUAUGUUAAACUUAGUUGGAUACAACCCAUUGAAAUUAAUGGGACUAAUGUUUGAUAAACCCAGACUCUUGUGUUGAUGCCCUAGCCUUUGAAAUUAUCGGAUUAUUGCUUGGUUACAGAUAUGAAGGCUUGUUUCUUUAUGGGUUUUCUGUGUUUCACCGAUGGCAUUCAUACGUUACUGUAUGUGCUUUUAAGGCAAGUAUAUUAAGCACUCUUAACAAGUGAGAAAGGAAGACUGAGAAGAAUGAGACUUCUGCUUGAACAUGUUACGUUCAGGUGGUGUGCUUCUUAGCUUUUCUGACAUUAUUUAUCCUUGACAAUCUCAAACAGUAAAUACCUUUUUAUAUAGAAAAAUCACCAUGUUAUACUCUUAAAGCUAUCUUGCAAAGAAAGCAAUUUCACAGUAAUUAUUUCCAUUUCUCUUUUGCUUUGAUCCAUGAAAUCGCAGAACAAUUAACAACCCGCAAGAACAUCUCCAAUGGCACAGAAAUUUCCACGAAGUUUACGAUGACAAACAAUCCCCCUCUCUCUCUCCCUCCCCCCCCCAUAUAUAUGAACAAUGGCAAUGUUAAUUCAUGCUCAAACCCUUUGCUGUAACUUUAAAAGUCGCUCCAGAGCCUGGCUUCUAAGUUGCAUUUAUUAAAUCCUGGCCAUUUCAUUGGGAUCCUGCUUCCUAGCUUGGACCCUAAAUGUAUUACCUAGAAGUGAAUUGCACUAAAAUCAAAGGGAUUUAUAAUCUGAUUCUUCACAGUUAGAAGUUAUCUGUCAAUUUAUCACUCAGCAUUUAAGGUGAUCUGCCUUAGACCUUGUUGUCUACCAAACAGUGUAACACACCCAUGGUGUGUGCUCGGUGGGGUCUGACUCUUAACUUGCGCUAAUUGGCGUGAGUCACUCACGGUAGCUGCCUCCGAUCCUGUGUAAUGCUCACAGGCCAUGUGUUUUCUGUAACCUUAGGAGAUAAUUGCCAGAGUCAGGGUGACUGUGUCUCUUUAAUUUACUUCACCAGUAAUCGCCACCGUUGUGGUUUUGUUUCUUCUUCUUUUAAAACAAGCCAUUUAUUAUCUGUAUAUCUUGCACUCCCGGUAAUCUCUCGUCUAGAUUUCUGAUCUGAUCCAUGCUGGAUUACAUUUAGUAAUUCUGUCAUAGUACCACAUACUAAAGCUCUUGAGGGUGUAGCGCAGUUAAAAUGCUGACCAAGUUCAUGGCAUUUUCUUGUGAUAGUACACACAAUUUACCGUAUUUUUCGCUCUGUAGGACACACUUUUUCCCUUCUAAAACGUAUGGGAAAAUGUGUGUGCAUCUUAUGGAGCGAAUGCAGGCUGCGCAGCUAAGCCCAAAGCCAGAACAGGGAGAUGGAGUUCUGCGCAGCGCUCCGUCUCGCUGUUCUAGCUUGGGGAUGGCUGCGCAAAGCCUCCGCAGGGCAGUGGGGUGAAGGUACCCCACUGCCCUGCGGAGGCUUCACAGGCUGUCCCUGAAGCCAGAACAGCAAGAGGCUAUCCCAGAAGCCAGAUCCCUCUUGCUGUUCUGGCUUCUGGGGUUCAGAAUUUUUUUCUUCUUGUUUCCUCCCCCCCAAACUAGGUGCGUCUUAUUGUGCGGUGCAUCCUAUAGAGCGAAAAAUACGGUAAAUGCCAUACAUACACUUACUCACAAGGAGUCUUCCCUAACAUGAUGCAUUUUCACUAAUAUAUGCAUUUCACUAGCAUUUCUAUGCACACUGCCGCUCCAAUAUAUUCACAGCUUUGUACACAUUAUUUGGUUACUGAACUGCCACCAACUUUGAUGGCCUUCAAAAGAGGAUUGGACAAAUUCAUGGAGGAGAGAGCUACCAAUGGCUACUAGUCGUGACGGCUAUUCUCUGCCUCCAUAGUUGGAAACAGCCAUCCUUCUGAAUACCAGUUGCUGAAAAUCAAUGGAGGGGAGAGUGAUCUUGUACUCAGAUCCUGCUUGCGGGUUUCCCAUUGAGGCAUCUGGUAGCUACCAUGAGAACAGGAUCCCGGGCUAGAUGAGCCUUUGUGCUGAUCUCACAGGUUGUUACUGUGUUCUUUUAUCUUUUCAGAAAGUGCCAGUUAGGCAGAGGUCCGCAAUAGCAUCCUAACUAAAGUGAAUCCAUACCCGCUGCCCCCAUUGCAACACUUCUUUAGAAAUCUAUGGUGCAAUCCCAUGUGGAAUGCUGUGCCCAGUCUCAGAAGAGGUUGCAAAUCAGGAAAAAAAAAGGAGUAGAAAAGAGCAACUAAAAUGAUCACCAAGGUGCAGCAACACCCCUAUAAUUUUAUUUUCUUUUUUUGAACUAAGAAGCUCCUAUCCCUGCAGCCUUUUUGGUUCAAGAAAAGAAAAGAAAGUUCGGAUUUUCCAAGUGCCCCUAUUUUCCAGGGACAACCCCAGAUUUAAAGAAGUCAUCUGGGUUUCUGAAUUGGUCCAGGAAUGUGCUGCUUUCCCUUAGGAUGUCUCUGUUUUCAUCAGAGAAAUAUUGGGGGUAUGGAAUGGGACGUCCCUAUUUUCACUGGAGAAAUGUUUAGUUUGAGUAAAGGUGGGUGUGGGACUUGGCAGAGGUUUUUUUUUUAGAAAGUUAGGCAUGGUGUAGAGAGAGUGGAUGGAGAGGGUGGUUUUUUGUUUUUUUACCCUCUCUAAUGAGACAAGGACACAGGAUCAGCUGAAGAAAUGGAUUGGUAGGAGAUUCCAGCCCAAAGGAAGGACUGCACACAGGGCAUAGAUAAACUAUGGAAGCUGCUACUGCAAAAUUAUGUCAUGGCUUGUGAUGGCUUGAAAAUGGGGGUUAGACACAUUCUUGGUGGUAGAGGAGGAAGCUAUCAGCAGCAUCUAGUCAUGAUUGCUGUAUAUUAUGCCCCUGAUGACUGGUUGUUGGGGAACAACGGUGGGAUGGGCUUCUUGCAGCCAUAUCCUUGUGGUGGGCUUCCCAUGUGCAUCUGGUUGACCAGCUGGGGAAACUGAAUGUUGUACCUUUAGUCAGAUCCCGAAAGACACCUCUGAUGUUCUUGUUGUUGUUGUUGUUUAGUCAUGUCCAACUCUUCGUGACCCCAUGGACCAGAGCACGCCAGGCACUCCUGUCUUCUACUGCCUCCCGCAGUUUGGUCAAACUCAUGCUGGUAGCUUCGAGAACACUGUCCAACCAUCUCAUCCUCUGUCGUCCUCUUCUCCUUGUGCCCUAAAUCUUUUCCAACAUCAGGGUCUUUUCCAGGGAGUCUUCUCUUCUCCUAAGGUGGCCAAAGUAUGUUCUUAUGCCUGUUCAUUUCCCCAUCAUUAGCAAUGGAAGAAUUUGCUAGUUUGUGGCAUCCCAGUAUCUCAUUUUUCCAAUCUUAAAUUCAGUUCUAUCUCUUUCUGCAGCAAUUUGCAAUUCAAUCAUCAUCAUCAUGAAAAUUCUUCAGCAUUUUAGUGUGAAUUUCCUCCUGAUAAACACAUUUUUGCAUUUUCAUGUGUUUUUCAGCCAGAAGUCUGUCCUGUCCUGUUUUUUAAUAGUUUUUUUAAAAAAAUAUUUUUAAAAAUGAAAAUGUUGUGCUUAAAUUAUAUACAUCCUUGUACACACUUUCCCCUGAAAUAUGCAUUUUUUGCACAUACGUUUUAUGCAUUUCUGUUAUAAAGUUCACACUUUAUAUGCCUUUCACCUUUGUACACAUUAGAUGGUAUCCAGUGCUAGUCCUACUCAGAGUAGAUCUUCUGAAGUUAAUGGGCACGAACUACCUUAGUUUCAGUAAUUUUGAUGGGUCUGGUCUCAUUAAGCCUAGCAUUGGCGGCAACCCAUUAUUCUCAUAAAAUACAGAUUUCAGUAUAUGUCUUUUGAACCAAUACUGCAUUUAAAAAAAAUGGACUCUGCCGACUCUGUUCAAGCUGCAUAUUAGCUGGAGAACUGCGAAUUUGGUUGGUUUGCUUUAAAAUGCAGACAAGACAAAAUUCUCCUCAAUUCCUAUUCUUGGGGAUCUCUGUCUGAGGAGGCACCUUGAGUUCCAUGGUGCGGAGGGCAAAAGCAUCCUGGAACUGUAUUAUCAAAGAGGACAAAGGAGUUUUGCAUGCAUAUUUUCGGGGAGAAAAGAGGUGUUCUCCACCAGUGCAAGUUCAGUCUUGCUCCGAAUUCCAACUGUUACUCACUGAACACUGAUGAUAUUGUAGGAGUUGCAACGCGCUGGAGGUCUUGCUUGACAUGGAUGUCUCAUGUUGGUACUUUUUUUAAAAAAAGGAAAAGAAAGGAAGCUAUUAGAGUGCAACAUCAGAAAGUUAUCCGUGGGUGAGGUUCGAGAAUCCCAAGUUAUAACUUGUCCCUUGAUUCCAAAGUCUGGUUAGUUUUAAAAAUCUUAAGAUUGAUGGCAUGUUGGUAAGGAGGGGAGGGUAACUAAGUUUCAUUGCUGUGUUGAACUGGGGAUCUGCAAAAUGAAAUCCAUCCAGCUUCUGUUGCUUUGCAGACACAUCUUCAGAGUUUUGCUUUAUCUGGUGUAGAGUCAGGCGUUGGGUGGGAUCCAGUGCUAGAGUAGACCCAUUGAUGUUGAUGGGCGUGGCCAAAGAAUGUAUAUGAUAAGGUUGCCAUACGUCCAGAUUUCUCCAGAGAAGUCUGGGAUUGCAAUGGCGGAAUUAGCGUCUGGAGGGGGGAGGAUUUUGGGAAAUCGGCAAAAUGUCUGGGUUUUGGAAACUCCCCCCCAAAAAACUGUCCGGAUUUUUAGUUCUUGAAAUAUGGCAACCCUAGUACAUGCCAACCAGAUGAACCUCGGGGUCCCUUACAAAUCUACAGUCCUAUGAUUCUAUGGCUGUACUACCCUCUCACCAGCAGAGCUGUCUUUCCUAUUGGGAUUACUGGUGCGUUGCGCCAGGGCGCCAGCCUCUCAGGGGCGCCCCAGUGGGUGGGGGAGCUGCGGGCUUUACCGGCAGCCUCCCCUUUCCGUCCUGUAUGUCCGCCAGCUGUGCCCUGUCAACCAUAUGGCUGGUGGGCAUACAGCUUCCUUCCCAAGCCCCCACGGGAGGAGAGUGAUCCCCGCAGAGGCUUAGGUAAAGGUUGACAAGUCUGGGAAACAGGGGUGGGGCGCUUGAGGGAACUUUGCACCACGGCGCCGGAUAUGCUUAAGACGGCCCUGCUCACCAGCAAGGUAAGGUUAGCUCCAACAGUUUCCGGCGUAUGCUGAAAACAAACCAACCCACACACUUAUUUGCCUAAGCAUUUUUCUGGACACAGAUAUAGUGCUGAUAUUUGCUGCUGGAUGUUGUAGGUGUUGUUGCUCUGGCGUUUCAGUGUUGGCUUAUUGCAUUUUUAUAGUACAUUAUCAUUAUCAUCAUCAGUAUUAUCGUUUGACUGUAAACUGUCCUUAAAUCUUCUGAAUAGAAGCAGUGGUGGAGCAUACAGUAUGCCCACACUGCCCAGGGCAGGUGCGCACCCGAGGAGGGCAGGGGAGUGGAGCUCACUCCCGAGGGGGGCAGGGUGUGGAGGGUGCCCUCCCAGGCACGGGAUAGCCACUCGGGUGCAUGGAGCGGCAUGAGUGCCUGGAGCCAGGGGUGGAGCGAGCCGCUGAUGGGGGACAUUCAACACACUGUCCACCCAUGACUCCCAAGCCUCUCUGAGGUGUCAAAACGAAGGGGGAAGGGGGGAAUGGCGCCGACAAAGUGGCGCAGCUCCCGCCUCCCCCCCAACAGCUCGGGGUAGGCUUGGAAGUCAUGGGCGGGCAGUGUACCGAAUGUCACCCCUCUCAGCGAAGGCACCCGGGGCAAUCCGCCCCCAUUGCCCCCUUCCUCUGCGCCUGAAUAGAAGGUGGCAUAUAAGUUUGUUUUUAAAAAAAAUAUAUUUCUAAAUUAUUUUAACUCAUAUGAGUAGAUGAUGAUGAUGAUGAUGAUGAUGAUGAUAUUGUACUGCUGUUUGAUUCUUAUGUACACUGCUCACACAUUCAUGUUCUGGGUGAAGGUGCAGUUUAGGGAUUUCCCAAAGAAAUAAAUGGCAGUAUUUUUCAUGCCAGUAGUGAGGAAGGUCAGUUACAGAGCCUGAAUAUGCCUCUCCAAGCCUCUCUGUUUGACCUUCAGUGCUAUCCCCAUCCUCACACCUUCCUGGGCAGGUUUCACACCCUCCUUAAACCAUCAUAACCCCUCCUUCUUGGACCGCUUUGGGUAUCUCCUUCUCUCCUCCACAUUCGCUUCAGAUCUCUUAAGGGCUUAACCAAUCAGUUGUUGUGCUCUCUAUUUUCCCCCUUGCAUGCCAUGGUAGCUGGUGGAUGUUUGGACUGGUGGGGCGGAAAGCAGGGAGCCCAACAGCAGGUGGCGCCAGAGCCAACGACAGGCACAGCUAACUGGAUCUAGCUUUGCCACCCUUCCUUCUCCCAACUGUGUUCUGUAAUGGCAACCAGGAAGCGGACUUUAUUUUUUGAGCCUGAGACCUAGAGUGUGGAUACAGGUAAUGACCCAAGCUUUCCUUUGAACACACCAGAGCAGACUUUCCUGUUGUUGGACCACAGCUCCCAUCAUCCCUGGCAGCUAAGGAUGAUGGGAGUUGUAGUGCAACAACUUCUGGGGACCCAAGGUUGAGAAAGGCUGCAUUAGAGCCUUGAAGAACUCAGCAGAGAGGAGAAUGGCAGCAGAAACUAGUUAGUUAGAAUCAUAGAAGCUUAUAAUUGUGGAGUUGGAAGGGAUCCCAAGGGUCAUCUAGUCCAACCCGCUGCAAUGCAGGGAUCACAGCUAAGUGGUAGUUGGCCCUGCCUGUCAUGUGUUCAGUGUUCUGGGCAGGGGAUAUUCCCAGCUGUACCGGGAGAUGCCACUGAUUCAACCUGGGGCCUUGUCUGUGCAAAACAGGAGCUCUAACCAUUGAGUUUAUGGUCCCUCCCCAGCGAGUGAUGUUAGAAAGCUAUUGAAGCCCUGGCAUGGGCCUUCAGCAUGGACACCAAGCACAAGGCAAGGGAAUCUGUGUGCCUGUUCUGGGGUGGAAGACCUACGUACGUGCGCAGGCUUGCCUCUGCCAAGACCAAAAAUAUACUUUGUUCAAACACGCUCACGAACUGCCUCGAAGACCUCAAAAAGGUGGGAGAUGCAUACGUUGAAAUAAGGAAAGCGGAUCGGAAGGAGGCUUUGUAACUCAGCAAGAGGGCCUUUGCUUUCUGCGCAGUAUCCUCAGGUGUGGCACUGUGGUGCCCAUUGGGAGUGGUGGGGGCCAAAGGGAGGAGGCCCAACAGCAGGUGGCGCCAGAGGCAGAGCCAACUCAUUCUAGCUGUGCCCCAUCUGCCUCCUUCUCCCUGCUGAGUUAUACAAGGGGCAACACUCAGGCUAAGGUGGAGGAAGCUGAUGGACAGCGCCCAUCCCCUGUUGACUAAUGAAAAGUAAGAAGGCUGGCAGGUGGGGGUUGGCUAAAGGUAGCUAGCAAGCCAGGACCUCAUUUGCCCCCAGGGAAGAUUCUUUGCAGAGUCUUCAAGAUUCAUUUGCCCAUCCAGGGAGAAAUCAGUGGGGUAGCCUCAUGGGUGCCAUGCCCAAAGCCCAUGGGCCACAUCCAUUGCAGGGGACCCACCAGCUCCCAGCAAAAUCAGCACCCUCUUUUCUCCAUCUCAACGCUGAGCUGAGCGGCUUAAAGCCCCUCUGCACAGCUCAGCACUGCAACGGUGAAAUGGCCCAGUCAAAGCAUGGAGUUGUAUGGAGAGGUUUAUGCCACUCAGCCCAGCACUUCAGUGGCAAUGAGGGUGGCAUGACCUGUGUGAGUGGCUUUAUAUCUGCUGCAUGCGUGUGGCAUGUUCCUUGGACACGUUUACCUGCACAAGGAAGUAGAGAACUGCUUUAUUCCGAGCCAGACCCAUUGGUCUAUCUAGUUCAGUGUUGUUUACACUGACUGGCUGUGGCUCUCCUGGGUUUUAGACAGAGGAAAUCCCCAGCUCUGCCUGGAGAUGUCACAGUUUGAAGCUCUGCUCUGCAUGCAAAGUUGAUGCUCUUUUGAUUGAGCCACGGCUGCUGUUCUCUUAAUAGUUGUAUGCUUCUCCACAGAUGACUGCUGUGCUCAUUCAAUACAUCUGUGGAUGAGAAUGCACUGCAGCCCAUUGCAAGUACACUUGCCCAUAGACUUACAAACCUGGAAGGAUUCUUGGACAUCACCUCCUUUGUGGGGAACCUAUGGGCCAUCCAGAGGUUGCUGUACUGCAGCUCCCAUCAUCACUUUUGGCUGUAUGCUGGCUGGAGCUCAGGGAUGGAGGAGAAAUUCAUUUGGUCUGCAUUUUAAUACAAACUUCUCAAAUCUGCCCCGCCCCAAACAGCUAUGUGAACCGAAACACAGUUCUCUUUUGAAAUGAGCACUUCUCCAAGAGAAGAUUUUCAAUGAAAUAGUCCAAGCAAAGACUGCAUAUACACAAGCACACACGUAUUAGUGAAAAUAACAGUCAAACUUGCAUCCUAUUGGAAGAUGGGGGAAACCGGUUGCAAAAAUGCUCACAGAAGGCAAAUAUGUGUUGCAAAAAUGCACAAAUAAGGAGAAACGUGUGUAAAAAUGCACACACGCACACAUUUUCAUGCUGUCUUAUGUAAAAGGGGGGGGAUGCAAUGUGCAAUCUAGAUUUAAGACUGGAAAAAGGAGAGGAACUGAAAUGGACAUCUCUUUCUAUCUCUACCCACAGCUGCACCUCAAGAUACGUAGUUCAUGAGGGCCAGUCACUUAUGCAAAUGCCUUUAGUCUCACUUUCAGAAUGGACAGCGCCCAAAUCACAAAACCUUUAGCUCUUCCCAAGGGCAAAAUGCAAGGGUUCCAUUUUGCUAAAUGUGUUAUAUGUAUUGUAUAUGUAUGUAUAUAUGUAUAUAUCCUGGAUUGUGGGGGUUUUUUUGGAGGGGGAGGGUUGCACACAUGUCAUCUCCAUCCUGGACCAAGUUGAGGAACAAGGUCAGACUUGUUAGAAAAAAAGGCAAAAGGCAAAAAAAGAGAGUAUCCUUCUCUUUUUCUAACAAGUGGUGGCUUGUUUGGAAUUGGGGGUGGUGUAGUGGCUAAAGAUAAGAAGCUGAGCCAUGAAUGGCCCACGCUGGUUUUCUCUGGAGUGAGGCUACCCCUUUAAAGGUGCCUGUAACAAGACACCUGGAAAACUUUUUCUUUUGCAAAAAAAAGGAGUGUGUUGAGAUUUCCAUGUGUUUAAACUGGCGGUGUUAUUUCUCUCCAUCCCUUCCUUCCUCCUCCCCCCCCUUUCCAUCCUCCUCCCCCUCCGUUUCCUUUCCUCCAGUCUCAGUUUAAUUUGCUAAACAACAGCAUGGAUCAGAGCACUGACAGCAGGGCCGCCUCCUCUAGCCCUUAUAGCUCCGAGCACGCCUCCAAUGUCCCGACGCUCUCGCCUUACUCGCAGCCCAGCUCCACCUUCGACACCAUGUCCCCAGCGCCUGUCAUCCCGUCCAACACUGACUACCCGGGGCCGCAUCACUUCGAGGUCACCUUCCAGCAAUCCAGCACAGCUAAAUCUGCGACCUGGACAGUAAGUUGCAUGGCUUUAUUUUUUUGGCUCUUUUGGGGGGCAAGGCCACAGCUCAGUGGAGGAACAGCUUCCCUUUGCAUGCAGAAAGUCCCAGGUUUGAUUUCUGGUGUCUCCAGGUAAAUCUCAUGCCUGAAGGUUUAGGCUGGAGAAGGGGAGACUGAGAGGUGAUAGGAGAGCCAUCUUCAAAUACCUGAAGGGCUGCUGCAUAGAAUAUGGAGAGAGCUUGCUUUCUCCAGCGGGUAGGACCCAAAACAAUAGAUUCAAAUUCCAAGAAAGGAGAUUCUACCUAAAUAUUGUGAAGAACUUCCUGACAGCAAGAGCUGGUUUGAUAGUGGAAUGGACCACCUUGGAAGGUGGUGGACUCUCCUUCCUUGGAGGUUUCUAAGCAGAGGUUGGAUGACCAUAUGCCAUGGAUGCUUGAGUUGAGAUUCCUGCAUUGCAGGGGGUUGGACUAGAUGGCCCUUGAGGUCCCCUCCAACUCUACAAUUCUGUGAUUCAGUGAAGCCCUGGAACACCACUGCAAGGCAGAGAAGACAAUACUAGGGUAGAUUGACCAAUGGUCCUACUCAGUGCUUUUUUUCAAGGGGUACUCAAGGGCAGCACCAUUUUUUGUUGUUGUUAAAAAGUGUGUCACUUACUAUAACAACUUCAUGGUGAGUACCAGUACCUAUUUUUCUAGGGGGGAAAGCACUGGUCCUACUCCAUAUAAGGCAGCUUCUCAUGUCCUUCAGCUGGGGAUUUGCCAGCCAGGAAUGUACUCCCAAUAGGUUGCCAUCUUAUUUAUUUAUUUUAGAACCUAAGCAACUGCCUUGUGCAGACUCAGGACACUGAUCCAUCUAACUCAGUGCUGCCUACACUGACAGGCAGAAGCCCUCCAGGGUUUCUGAAGGACCUGGAGAUGCCAGGGAUUGAAUCUGAGCCCCUUUCCAUGCUCAACAUGUGCUUAACCCACUGAGUUAUGGCCUUUCCGCAAAUGCUGGUGCAUGACAAUAGGCUUUCUUUUAAAUAUGCAUUUGCCCAUAUUGGGCAAGCGGACUUUUCAGAUGUGUCAAUGCAUCUUACAACCAUUUUGCCUUUUUUGCUCUUCAGUCCAACUUUGGGAGCUAGGUCACUGGUAUGUCCAUUAUAUGUCUCAACAAGCCAGUUCCAAAAUCCCAUUAUACCUGGUGCAAUGCAAGCAAAAGGGUGCAGGGCAUAGCCGAACAGAUGUGUCAUUUAAUGUUCAUUUAUUACACAUAUAUUUGAUCAUACAACUUAGUGCAGCAUAGGCGGGGUUUCCCAUGUAGCGUUGCAUCCAUGUGCUGACCAGACCUGAUAACAACAACAACAACAACAACAAUCUGACUUGGUUGCCCCAGCCACUGUGGGUGGCUCCAGCCACUCUGUUUAAGUAUGGCAAGUUGGCUGUGUCAUAUCCCUUUAGACUAGCAGUAGCCAAAAGUGUUGCCUUCCAGAUUUUGUUGGGCUACAAUGCCCAUCAUCCCUGGCCUUGCUGGCUUGGGCUGAUGGGAGUUGUAGUCCAACAACACCUGGAGAGAGCACCCUGUUGGCUGUAACUCUUAGACCGUGCCUUCAGAACUGGCUUCAUUCAAAGUGUCACCCACUGAGCUCUAUCAGACAAAGCAAACUAGCCACUUUCCGCAGCAAGGUUGAGAGGGGUCUGAACCCACUUCUCUGGUAUCACUCAGGUUAAGUGGCAGGUUUAGCCAGUUCCCUUCCUCAGCAGUCUCAAAUGGUCACCACACACGUGGUACACGGUACAUAAAGAGGCAUCCCUCUAUGCUGCUCCUGUGACACACACAGCCUCCCUUCCCACAUGGUUCCUGUCAGUAGGGAUGGAGGAGAAACUUGACUCACUUCACAGUUAAAGCCGAGCCUACCUGUUCCACGCUUUCCAAAACAAUAUGCGAACGGAAACAUGGCCAUCCUUUGAAAUUUGCGCUUCUUUGCAUUUUUCAAGGCAGCCAAGUUAUGUGCACCAAAAGCGCAUUGGCUGGGAUGAAGAAGCAUGCAUGAAAAUGCAUGACAUUAAGUGAAAACAAUAUACAAAACUGUAUUCUGUUAUGGGAAACUGCUUGGCAAAAAUGUGUAUAUUAGGCAGACUUGCAGACAAGCAUGCGUAUAUUAGGAGAUGGCCACAUUAAAAUCAUGGCGAAUUUUCACAAGCACUUUAUUGGGGUUUUUUUUGUUUUUUGUUUUUUUUUGAGAGAGAGAGAGAGAAAAAAAAAUAAUAAUAAUCAGGAAAUUGAUGUGGAAAAGUGGAGAACUGAACUUAAGACUAAGAAAAGAAACCGAGAAGCUGAAGAUGACAGAUUCACUCAUCCUUAUCAGUCAGGAUAAUGCAUCGUGAGUGGUGAGGAGAGUGCCAAGGGCACCACAGCACCUUUCUCCUCCUAAGUAAACUGUUUAUUUGGGUACAAGGGCAUUCUCGUUGGCAGGCACGUGGCUUUGGAAUUCAUUGCCAGACCACAAAUGCUGCAGGCUUUCCUGAGAUAUUUGGGGACUCAGCCCCAACCCAAACCCUUUGCAGGCUCUCCUUCGAAAGGUUGUUACUGGGUUUCCCUUUGCUCCAGGCCUUUCAUGAUAUUGUCGUAAUUUUGAGUGGGUCGGCCUGCCUUAUCUGUUACUGCUCUCCCAGUAUUCUAUUUGCUAACUAUAGCCAUUGCAUUUCUGCAAUGCAAGCUGUCAUGAAGGAAGCAGCAUAUAGCUGUUUCAAACCCAUAAAAUGGUGCUGUUAAGGGCACCAUCUCUGGGCAAAGCCUAGCCUCCAUCACAGAAUAUAAGAAGCCACCUUAGACUGAAUCAGACCACUGGUCCUUCUAACUCAGUACUGCCUUCACUGGCUGGCAGUGGCUCUCCAGGAAAUCUAUGCAGGAGUCUCUCUCUGCCAUCCUUGGGGAUUGAACCUGGGAUCUUCUGUAUUCAAUGCAGGUGCUCCACCACUGAGCUACAGCCCUUUCCUUAAAACACAGGAACAUAGUCAGCUGCUGUAUACCGAGCCAGACCAUUGGUCCAUCUAGCUCUGUCUUUUUGACACUGGCUGGCAGCAGCUUCCCAGGGCUUCGGGCAGAGGACAUUCCCAGCCUCCCCUGGUGAUUCUGCAGGGUUGUAGGACCUGCGCUCUUCUGCAUGAAAAGCAGGUGGUCUGCCACCAGGCUUCCCUUCCCUAAACUGAACUCCCUUAGCUGAGUGGCCCAGCCCAGAGUGACCAGGAUCCCACAGGAAGGCAGAAUUUCUUUUCAUGGCACAGACCUUAACGUGAUUAGUAAUAGCUCAACAGGUUAGAGCAUGGCUGCUAAUGCCAAGGUUGCAGGUUCAAUCCCUGUAUGGGACGGCUGCAUAUUGCAGGGGGUUGAUCCUCAGGGUCCCUUCCAACUUUACAAUUCUAUGAUCAUUGACUAGUGGUUGUUAAAAGGAGAGCUGGCACUGAGGCAUAAAAGCCCAUUGUCUGCACACGCAUGCAAAUAUUGUAGCAAGUGUUCCGCUAGCUGUUAAAUCAUCGUGGUAAUAUUUCUAAACCAGCCCAAGUUAAAUGGCACGCACAAAACGCUUCUCAUACUGGAAGGUGUUAGGAUGAGCUCAUCACCAGUCUUACAUGCUACUGUCUAGCAUUAAGAUUUCAACCGAUUUUUCACCACAAGCCUAAGCACACUUACAGUACCUGGGAGCCGGGUAUGAUGGGGGAAGAAACAUGAUUCAGUUUGCAUUUAAAGGUGAACCUAAUCUGUACUUUCUGCAACAAGACACAGUCAUCCUUCGGAAUGUGGAUGUCUCCGAAUCUUGCUUUGUCUUUCCCCAGCGUAUCAGAAUGCAUAUAUUGGGGUAAAGAUAUCCAUAAAGGGUGCAUAUAUUGGUGUAAAUGGUGUACCAAAAUGCGCUGCGCUGUGGGGAAACUGCUUUGCAAAAACUGUGCAUGUUAGGAAAAACCUCAUACCAAAAACUAGCAGGAAUUCACAAAUGUGACUGAAUUUUCAUGAGAAGUAUAUAAAAAAAUUGGAAUUCAGGUGCUGAUGUGGAGAAAACAUGGGCUUGCGUUAGGAAAAACAAGAAACUGAAACAGACAGGUUUUGCCCAUUCACACUUGGGAGUAGCCCCGUUGAAUUCAAUGGAGCCCAACUCCCGAGGAAACGCACAUGGAUUCUGGAUGCACAUUUCCUUGACUAUAGUCCUGCAGACAGUUAGGCAGCUGCAAUCUCAAUGUGGAGAUGCCUAGACAAACUCACCCGGGAGUGAGCCCCACCAAACAUACUUCCAAAUAAACAGGCAUAGAACAUGACUGCAAUUGUGUUCAGAAUCUGAGAUGUUGCCUGCUCUGUGCAAUGGUGGCUUGCCUGUCUAUCUAUAUCUAUCUGUCUAUCUAUCUAUCAUCUAUCUAUCUAUCUAUCUAUAUCUAUCUAUCUAUCUAUCUAUCAUCUAUCUAUCUAUCUAUCUAUCUAUCAAUCAAUCAAUCAUCUAUGUUUAUCUAUCAUCUAUCUAUCUAUCUAUCUAUCUAUCUAUCUAUCUAUCUAUCAUCUAUCUAUCUAUCUAUCUAUCUAUCAUCUAUAUUUCUAUCUAUCAUCUACAGUAUCUAUCAAUCAUCUAUAUCUAUCUAUCAUCUAUCAAUCAAUCAAUCAAUCAAUCAAUCAAUCAAUCAUCUAUAUCUAUCUAUCUAUCUAUCUAUCUAUCUAUCUAUCUAUCAUCUAUCUAUCUAUCAUCUAUCUAUCAUCUAUCAUCAUCUAUCUAUAUCUAUCUAUCUAUCUAUCUAUCAUCUAUCAUCUAUCAUCUAUCAUCUAUCAUCUAUCAUCUAUCAUCUAUCAUCUAUCAUCUAUCAUCUAUCAUCUAUCAUCUAUCAUCUAUCAUCUAUCUAUCUAUUAUUAUCAUCAUCAUCUAUCUAUCUAUCUAUGCUUUAAUCUCCCACCUUUGCUUCAAGGAGCUCAAGGUGACAUACAUGGCACUCUUCCUCUCCAUUUUAUUUUAACAACCCUGUGAGGUAGGUUAGGCUGAGAUGAUGACUGCCCCAAGAAGACCUGCUGGGAAUGUAAGCUGUUUUGCCUCAAUGGGGAUACUUUUCAGUAAGUGUUGCUAGGGACAGAGUGUCCAUUGAUCAGAUAUCCUGGGAUUGCACAUUAUUUAUUUAUUAUUUAGCAUAAUGUAUAUAUCAUUUGAAUACAAUAAACCUCUAAGUAGUGGUUUUCAAGAAAUAUUAAAAUGAUCAAUUUUUUAAAAGUAACGCUAAACACAUUUGAAAGAGAAUUAACAAUGGUAAAUAAAAUGAGAUCAAAACACUUGUCAGCAUUGUUGCAUUUUAAUAUUUUGCUGGAAGCUGCCCAGAGUGGCUGGGGAAACCCAGCCAAAUGGGUGGGGUAUAAAUAAUAAUAACAACAAUUUAUUAUUAAUAUUCUGCAUGUCUGGAUAGGCUUGCCAAAACAAAAAUAUUUCAAGCAGGUGCCAAAAAGAGUAUAGCACAAAGGCCUCUCUGCCUUGUAUCAAUAGGCAGGGAGUUCCAACGUGUAGGUGCUCCUACACUAAAUGAUUGAUUUCUUACAAUUGUAGAACGAGUAUUAUGUGGCGUCUGUAACAGGGCCAGUUCUGCUAAUUGAAGCGGUCAACUGGGCAAACAUGGGGUAAGGCUAUCCCGCAAGUAAACUUUCCCCAAGCUGUUAAGGGCUUUAUAUACCAAUUGUGAUACCCUGAACUUGACCCAGUAAUGAACAGGCAAACACUCCAGGUCUCUGAGCAGAGGUAUUGCAUGUUGACAGGGCCUCACUCCUGUCUGCUCUAUCUGCAAUUCCCGGGUCAAGCACAAGGGAAACCCCACAUAGAGUGCAUUGCAGUUAUCCAGUAUGGAGGUCACCACUGCCUGAUGUACUAUAGUUAAGCUGACACAUCUGGUUAAAGGAGCUUCUAGCCACUGUAAGUUCAUGGGCCUCUGGUGGUAAAGCUGAGUUGAGAUAACAGCUUGUCCAGGGCAACCCAGUAAUGUCUCAGGAGUUUGGACAUAGAUUCUCCAAGUCAAUCCUAUGGACCAAAGUAGAUCGUUCUCCAUUUCUCAAUGUGCAGUUUGGGAUAAUCAGCCUCCUGGUGGUUUGAGAGAGGUUGUGCUUCCAGAAGAGAAAACAACAACAACAACCACCACCACCACCACCACCCAGGGUUGCUUUCAAGUAUGCUAUACUCAGAGUAGACCCAUUGAAAUUAAUGAAUGCUGUAGGGGCCUCCCAUUCUAGGGCAGAGAUACCUGUACAGUGGUACCUCAGGUUACAGACGCUUCAGGUUACAGACUCCGCUAACCCAGAAAUAUUACCUCGGGUUAAGAAUUUUGCUUCAGGAUGAGAACAGAAAUCUCACAGUGGCAGCAUGGCAGCAGCGGGAGGCUCCAUUAGCUAAAGUGGUACCUCAGGUUAAGAACAGUUUCAGGUUAAGAACGGACCUCCAGAACGAAUUGAUUAUUGAAAGUCCCUAGGGGAGGGUAGAGAUCUUCCAAAGGCCACUGUUUCCCUUGCUCCUACUCUGAAGAGAAAUAUAUUUAAGGAGGAUAUUGACAAGCUGGAACAUGUGCAGAAGAGGGUGACCAGGACGACAAAGGGCCUGGAAGCCAGGCCUUAUUAGGAACGGUUAAGGGAGUUGGGUAUGUUUAGCCUGGCGAAUAAAAUACUGAGAGGUGAUAUGAUAGGCAUCUUCAAAUAUCUGAAGGAUGCCCCAUGGAAGAUGAAGCAAGCUUGUUUUCCGCUGCUCCAGAGGAGAGGACACCAACCAAUUGAUUCAAACGACAAUAAAGGAGAUUCCAGCUAAAUAUUAGGAAGAACUUUCUGGUGGUAAGAGUUGAUUGAUGGUGGAGCAAACUACCUUGGAAGGUGGUGAACUCUCAUUCAUUGGAUGUUUUUAAGCGGAGGUUGGGUGGCCAUUUGUCAGGGAUUGUUUAGCUGUGAUUCCGGCAUUGCAGGGGAUUGGACUAGAUGACCCUUGAGGUUCCUUCCAACUCUGUAGUUCUAUGAUUCUAUACAUGUUGCCCAGGGCUUUUUUUGUCAGCUGGAACUUACUGGACAGCUAUCUGAUACGGAGAUGCGGGCUCUGAAUUUCUAUAACUCAAUAGGGGUUCAACUAGGAUCCCCUUUAGAUGAACUAUUUAUUCUGCAUUCAUUAUGAUUUGUUUGCAGGGAGGCUAUACGAUGUUGCAUUAAGCAAUUAUUAUCCCACAUUUUCCAUUUCAUUUCCUGGUCACUUUUCUCAUUCCAUUUUCUGGUCACUUUCUUUAUUCCAUAAUUUUUUAUUGGGGGUGGUGGGGUGGGUGUUUUGCUGUGCAAAUCAACUUUAAUUGUACAACCUGGAUUUGCUAGUGUGUGGCUGAAUCCUACCUGAAAAUAUCGGCAGUCUUGAAGCCCCCAGAUGCCCUAUCAGCAGAGUGUUGCAGAGAGGCAAAAUGUAAUGCAAAAUUUUGCUACUAAACUAACUCUCUCUCUCUCUCUCUCUCUCUCUCUCUCACACACACACACACACACACACACACACAAUGUUUAGGGGUAUGUGUACCCCUGCAUCCCCCCAGAAAAAGCACUAUAUAUAUAUAUGAGACUGUGUGCUGCAAAAAUCUAUAUAUGCUACUCAAGAUAUUCCAAAUUUAAUUUAAUAAAUUAAAUAGAUUUAAUAGAUUUAAUAAAUCCUGUCUUUAUUUAUCUGUUCCUCAAAGUACUGAAAUAACCCUGUAAUGAAAAAGCUAGCAUGUAUGAAGGAGUCAAUAAAUUUUGACUUUGAAUGUUUUAGCAUUAGUAUUACUUCCACGAUGGAAUGUUUUUAAAUGAUAGUGGCUCACUGUUGCUGUUUAGCAAUUAAAAUAUCAUUCGGCACCUGGAUGUUCCCUUCUGUUAUUCUGGUUCAUCUUGGGACUCUUCCCCACACUUUUUUGUUUUGUUUUUAGCUUUGUGUUCUUGGGGGCUUCAUCACGUUUGCUGAGGGGGUGAAUUCCCUGGAACUCUUCAGCAAAGAUUGGGAGGAAUUCAGGUUCCCAGAGAGCACCUGCUGGAGCAAGGCUGUGCCUUCUGAGGCAAUAGGAUGGGCUUGGGUGAUUGACCACACAAAUCUGGCUUCCUUGGAGAACAGCAGAGCAGUUCCAAAGGGAGUUCAUGACGGAGGCGUGUACAGUUUAUGCAUGGUGUAGACAGGAAGAAGUGCGUCCUCCUCUUAGAAUACUAGGUCUUUGGGACCAUCCAAUGAAUCUGAAUGCUGGAAGAUUCAGGACAGACAAAAUUAAAUACCUCUCUACACAGCCCAUAGUUAAACUAUGGAAUUUGCUCCCAUGAGAGAUAAUGAUGGCCACCAACUUGGAUGGCUUUCAAAUAAAUUUAUGUUGGAGAGAGAGGUUUGGAAGAGAGAUCCAAGUUUGCUUCAGCAUAUAAGACACCAUCUUGAACUCCAUGGCAUUUGUUCUUCUCAAAGUGCCCUGCAGACCCUUUCUUGUCUAAUGCAGAGACCUUUAGCAUGUUGCAGCUCAGACUUGGAACAGACGAAAACAUCAGCCACAUUGUUGGCCUCUUGGGUUGUCGUUUACUCUGCAUCUUAAUGUUCUGGAUCCCUUGUUUUGGAUCUCCAUUACAUCACUGUUUAGAAAUCAGAAUGUUCCUGCUCGUGGGUUCUAGACUCUUAAAGAAAUUCCUGUUAUGGGAACGGUGAGAAGAACACCCACUGUUGAUAAUCCUGUGAGAGGGAUCCUGUAGGAACAUAUUGCUCAUGUUGCUCUGUCUCCUUCUAUUUGUUCACAUUCCUCUGGGGCUUCCCCCAUUGUUGUCUAGAAUGUGUUGCCUUGUGGGUAGGGUUGCUGCUCCAGCACACAUUGGCCUUGUGCCCCUCCUACCCACAUCUGAAGCAAGUGAGAGGCUGUCUCUUGGGCAGGGCAUUCUGCCUUGAAUGGGAGAAGUCAUUUGAGUCAGAAGGCUCUCUUUGUGAUGAAAGGAACAUUUCAUCCUUUGGGGAGCAGUGUUCUUUCAGAAAUGCCAUGGCUCUGUCCAGGGCAUCUCAUCAUUCCAACACUGUUGCAAAAGCAUCAAAAUUAUCUCCUAGUGAGCUGAUCAGAACUGAGAUCUUUUGCUCGUCAUAAAAAAGCCUGUUAGGGCCAGUUGGUCAGUUGGUUAGCACGCUUGCCACAGUCUCUUUCAGAAUUCAGCCUUAGCCUGAAUAGUUCCUUCACCCAUUUUGCCUGAUGCCUCUUGCUAACAAAUCCAAAUGGAAAUUCUGGCUUUCUUAAAGCUUCAGCUGCAGUUUCACAAUUCUCAAGAUGGAUCAGCUGGCAAUUCUCUAGGCUUUGCAUAACAAUCCCCAUGGCAGAAUUGCUUUCUGUGUCCCGUUUGGGCCUGGGAUUCUCAAUGCGAUUUAAUAUGCCUUUCGCCUUUAAAAAGGAUCUCCAAUCUCAUUUUGCAAUGGACAAUUGUGGAGUUUGUAAGCUUUGCAAGGGUGGAAUUAUGACAGAUCAUUGGAUUCAGGGCUGUCAUGUUAAAAAACACGUUUCCCCAAAAUGCUGGAAACGCACACACACACCCCCCGCUAAAAUUGCAAAAAAUAAAAUAAAAAAUUGCUUGAUAAUAAUAAUAAAACCUUUCUGGAGAUUUGAGCACAAAUCUGGUGGAUGGGGAAGAAAAGAAAAAAAUGGUGGUGGAUACCUAUCCCCCACAGUAAAAACAAAUGGUCAAAGAGAAGUCUCAAAAACCCUUUCAUGCACACAAGUGUGAGUCACUAACUGUAUAUUACAACAGUUUCAACCCAUACAUGGAGGAUAAGCCUAUCAAUGGCUACUAGUUGCUGGAAACUGCAGGAGGGGGGAGUUGCAAUUACACUCAGGUCCAACUUGUGGGCUUUCCAUUGAGGUAUCUGCUUGGCCAGUAGGAAAACAGGAUGAUGCAGCAGGUAGGCUAUUGGCCUGAUUUUGCAGGGCUCUUUCAAUGAUGAGGAAGUUCUUUGACAUAAACCUCACUAAAAUAAAUGGAAGAUACACAAAGGGGAGGUGGACAAGCCUUUAGCCAGUGCUAACCCAAGACAUGUUGCUUCAUGAGGCAAAGGAUAAGGUGCCCUUCCCCCAAUUACAUUCCCAAAAUCUGGCCAGGUGGACAGUUGAUUCUUAUUUCAGCUCUGGUGAUGGGACAGCAGACUAGUUUGGAGGAUAAUGAUGAUGAUGAUGAUGAUAAUAAUAAUAAUAAUAAUAAUAAUAAUAAUAAUAAUAAUUUAUUUAUACCCUUCCAUCUGGCUGGGUUUCCCCAGCCACUCUGGGCAGCUCCCAACAGAAUAUUAAAAUGCAAUAGUCUAUUAAACAUUAAAAGCUUCCCUAAACAGGGCUGCCUUCAGAUGUCUUCUAAAAGUCUGGUAGUUGUUUUUCUCUUUGACAUCUGGUGGGAGGGCGUUCCACAGGGCAGGUGCCACUACCAAGAAGGCCCUCUGCCUGGUUCCCUGUAACCUGGCUUCUCACAGUGAGGGAACCGCCAGAAGGCCCUCAGAGCUGGACCUAAGUGUCCGGGCAGAAUGAUGGGGGUGGAGAUGCUCCUUCAGGUAAACUGGAUCAAGGCCGUAUAGGGCUUUAAAGGAUGGAGGUCAGACUGUGGGUGGCAUCUACAGGACUUCUUUCCAACGUACUGCCACCAUUUUCUGCUUCUCUUCAUUUGUCACCAGAGGCAGAAACCUCACUGAACCUUGGCUGCAGGCAGCUGUCCAAGAUGAGAGUGAAGAGGACCAGGAGGGUGUAGCCAAUGAAUUAACCAGAGAGUCAGAAAUGGGGAACCAAUCAGUAGGGAUGGAGAAGAAAGCCACUUCCGUUUGCAUCUAAAAGCGAGCUUAUUUACUCCCCGAAACAAACGGGUGAACCGAAACAACAGCCUUCCUUCAAAAUAUGCACUCCUCUAAAUUUUAUAGUGCAGUUCUCCAGCAGAGUAAAAUAUGCAAAAAUAAAUUUAAAAAAUGCAUCUACACGGGUAAUGUGUGCAAAAGUGAGAAACCAAAACUGACAGAUUUGCCUGUCUCUGGCUGUAGUUCCCAGAGAAAAGGAUCAAUACUGUGGGAACUGUAGGUCUGUGAAGGGCAUGGGGUCUCCUAACAACUCUCGGAAUCCUUAGCAAACUAAUGUUCCCCUGGAUUCUUUGCCAUUUAAAGUGGCACCAUAGGGCUUUAACUGCAUGGCGCAGAUGAGGCCUUAAAGUUGAACAGCUGCUGGAAUGCCAUAGCUUCCCCAUCCCUGACUUCGGGAGGUGUUCAAACCUGCAGUUCUCUGGCUCACCAGAAGAGUCCCAGUUUGAUCCCUGGCAUCUUCCUACAAACACCUUCACAACUGCCAUGCAAGCUUCUGGUAUUUACAGCAGCUCCAGCCAAUCCAGAGGCUUCCCCUCUGCCAGCCAAUCAAAGUUCUGGCAUUACAAACCACUAUUCCCUUUUGUGCCUGAAGGGAGUGCGCCUGAGCUCUGAGCAUACUCAGGUCUCGGGUAGCUUAUCAUGGCUAGCCCUCAGCCUCAAGCCAUGGUGACUGCUGCAGCAAAGGAUUGCUUGGGUCUCUCUUUAGCAGCUUCUGCUGCAUCUCCAUCUCCAUCUCCAUCAUCAUCAUCAUCAUCAUCCAUUCUUGAACAAGGACCUCAUAGGGUAAACGUAUUUAUUUAGAGCAGGGGUGGCGAAGCUCAGGCCUAUGGACAGAUUGUGGACAUCCAGAUUUCUCUGCCUGGUCCUCAAGGCUUGUCCCAGGCCACACCCCUUCCCCACCUAUAUCCCCUUCCCCAAGGCCACACCUGUCACCAGCCCCAAUUAGCACCUUCAUCGGGCGUUUUAGCCUGGGUGGAAUGUGUCCUUGACCAUGACUGUUGCUGACCUGGAUGGAGAAUAGAGAGAGGGGUGUUUGUGUGUGCUUGUAGAAACUGGUCCAUUUUACAAAGACAAAACUUUACAUUUCUUGCUCUGACCCCUUUUGUCUCUGUCCGAACCCGCCACCAGUGUGGGGCCUCUGGAAGGUUGCCCAGAUGAGAAUGUGGCCCCUCAAGCAGGAAAAAGUUCCCCACCCUUGAUUUAGAAGGUUUACACCCAAGCUUUUAAUCAAAGUGACUUGUAAUAGAUUGCAACAGCACGCCCUAUAUCCAUACAACCAUGUACUCUCUUAGUCCUCUGGCUGGUGGAUGAUGCCUGGCUGGUUGCUCCCCAAACUAUGAUGUGCUUCCUAAGAGGCAGAGGGUGAAAUUUCUCAUUAGCCUUAGUAUUGCGGCUGUUAAGAUCACAGAAUCAUAGAACUGGAGUUGGAAGUGAUCCUAAGGAUCAUCUAGCCCAGGCAUAGGCAAAUUCAGCCCUCCAGAUGUUUUGGGACUACAACUCCCAUCAUCCCUAGCUAACAGGACCAGUGGUCAGGCAUGAUGGGAAUUGUAGUCUCAAAACAUAGGCCGUUUGCCUAUGCCUGAUCUAGCCCAACCCCCAGCAAUGCAGGAAUAUGCCGCUGUCCCAUAUGGGGAUUGAAUCUGCAACCUUGGCAUUACCAACACCAUGCUCUAACCAACUAUAAAUAAUAGUACCAGAGUGUGCCUCUGUUCAGUUUUAUUUUUAGUUUUAAAAUUAUAUACUCCUUGAUUGCAGGGAAAGUGGUAUACAAAAAAAGAAAAAACAAUAAACUUAUCAGUAAAAAGUAAAUAAAUACAACCAUGAUUUAAAACAUACAGAAAGUUCAAACCACAAUAGAAUAGACGAAAGACAAAUGGAAACUCCUACAAACUUCCUAAACAUCUGGGUAAAGGUAAAGGUACCCCUGCCCGAACGGGCCAGUCGUGACCGACUCUAGGGUUGUGCACUCAUCUCACUUAAGAGGCCGGGAGCCGGCGCCGUCCGAAGACACUUCGGGUCACGUGGCCAGUGUGACGAAGCUGCACUGGUGAGCCAGCACCAGUGCCACACACGGAAAUGCCGUUUACCUUCCUGCUAUAAAGCGGUACCGAUUUAUCUACUUGCACUUAGGGGUGCUUUCGAACUGCUAGGUGGGGAGGAAAACAUCUGGGUAGGCUUGUCUAAAUAAGAAGGCAGGCACCUGGGCAACUGGCAGAUGGGACAGAGAGGGAGAAGUCCACUUCCUGCAUCUGUUCCUUCUCUGGCUGAUGGAGGGGCCUGGCUAGUCUUGCCCCCAUUGCUACAAGCUUUUCCUUGAAAGGCAGCAGGUGCACCCUCCUAGUGCCCUUUGGCCUCCUGACUCAUGGACCAGUGGGUGCUCCCCUUCAGCUCUGAGGUCCUGGGUCAGCUUGUAGAAACCCCACAUCCUGGCAGUAUCCCCCCCUCUCCUGUUUGUGAUUCAUUUUCAUAGUGGGUGGGAGGCCAGAGAAGCUGGCUCUCUGAUCCAUGGGCAUGAUGGAGCAUGUCAGUAGCCCGACAGCAUGUGCAAAGCUAUCAGGCUGUCUGCCUGCAGGAGCUGCCUGGACGUGUCAAAACCGGGAGCUGAUCGCAGCUGCCAUAUCUGCCCCAUGCCCCCCCUCCCCUUGCCACGCCAGCCAGCUGGUAACUGAUAGAUAAUUAGUAUUUUUCUCAAGUCCAAUCGCAGCAGCAGCAAUGGCAGCUGUGGGACGCGCUGCCUCCCUUCUUUAGCACUCCCCCAAAAAGCAUGGGGGAUGCUUGAAGUGAGAAAAGCACCUUUGGCCCUCCACGCCUUGCAUGCCGCAGAGGAGACUUGCAAGAACGUAAGGGCAUAAGCACACAGAAGAAGAGGAGGCCUGAUGGACACCUACCCGAGCGUCCUGCUCUCAGGGUCACCAGCCAAAUGCUUGUGGGAAGCCCACAAGUAAGAGCCGGAUGCAGCAGGGAAUGCAAACUUCACUGGAGGCUUCUAAGCAGAGGUUGACCGUGGCCACAUUGACAGUGAUUCUUUAGCUGUGAUUCUGGCAUUGCAGGGGGUUGGACUAGAUGGCCCAUGGGGUCCCUUCCAACUCUCCAAGUCCAUGAUCCUGUGAUCCCCUGCAAUUCCCAGCAACUGGUAUCCAAAGGCACACAUUGUCUCCAUCUGUGGAGGCAGAACAUAGCCAUAGCAGAGAGUAGCCACUGGUGGGUAUCCUCCAUGAAUUUGUCUAACCCUUGUUUAAAGCUUAUUCAAGUUGGUGGUCAUCACUGCCCCUUGUGGGAGUGAGUUCCAUCGUUUAACUAUGCACUGUGUGAAGAGGUACUUUGCCUGUCCUGAAUCUUCCAGCAUUCCACUCCAUCGGAUGGUCCUAGUAUUAUGAGAGGAAGAGGGAGAACUUCUUCACAUCCUCUUUCUCCACAUAACUGCAUACAACUCUAUUAUGAUCUCCCUUUGGGAGCUGCCCUGGUGUUCUGCAAAGAAGUGGCCUUGUAUGGUCCAGAACCCAAACUGUCUCCUGCUUCAGGCAAAAGAAGGGGUAAUGAACAUGUCCAGCUUGCAUUGUUUAUAUUCUGCCACCAGCGUACGCUACACUUAAUAAAUUUAACUCUCUGCUUGAGAUGCUUCAAGUCUAAAUUCAGACCAAAGGGUUGGGUUAGGGUUGCCAUGUGUCUGGAAUUUCCUGGAUGUAGCUGGCAAUCGGAAACAUUGUCUGGGCAGAAAUAGCUGAAACUAUGGCAAGCCAUGUUGGCAGGUCAUUUUUGGUGCCCCCCCCAAAAAAUAGCUCAAAAAUGUCAAUAUUUUCGAGCUCAACAACUUUGAUUUGAAAUAUGAUUCCAGAUUUGAAAUAUGGAAACCCUAGUUUGGAGUGAGGAGGUGGGCAAAAGAGGAGAGGAAAUGAAUGGAGAGGAAAAGGAAAUGGGAAUUAUUUCCAGCAAUCCAGCAAUCGCUAUCAUGCGCACGCAUUGGUUUCUUCCAGUUUAGUUUAGAAAUGUUCAUGUGAAGCAGCCUUAUAGCUCAGACUCUUUUUGUUAGUCUCACCUAGGCUGCAUUCACAUGGCAGUUUGUAGCAUUGUCACAACUUUCCCCUUACUGUAACGUUCCACAUUAAAUUUGAACUUUCAUGCGUUGUAAAAGCCACUUCUGGAACUAUAGAGGAAUAUAUAGUGCAACUUUAGUGCUCAUUUUCAUGUUAUUUGCUUCCAGGGGGAAAAACUCAUUUGCAAAUAAUAUGGAAACGAGUGCUAAACUUGCACUAUAUUCUCUAUAGUUCUGGAGGUGACUUCUACAUUGUGUGAAAUUUCAGGAGUUAGCAGGGCCAUAGUAUGAUGAAUUCGCUCGCAGGAUUUGUUCUAUGAGCAACAGAAGGAAUUAGAGAUUAUUGAAUCAUUGUUAUGAUAUAAAAGAUAGAAGGGUGCCACAAGGGGGAGAAAUAAAAAAACACAAUGGAAAAGGGGAUGUGAAGUUGACAAAACAAAAGAAAAAUUAGUGAUUUAUUGGAGUGUAUAUGUUACAUUGUCAUGUAUCGGAAUGUUUAUGUGAAAUUGCUGGAAAUUUAUUAAAAUAUAUUGGAAGAAAAAAAGAGUUAGCAGGACCAGCCCACCCAUUAGACAGGGUGAAGCAGCUGCCUCAGGCAGUGGAAGAUCUUUGGGUGCCAGCAGAGAAGUGGCACCAGCAGCAGUGACAAUUUCUGGCAAGAUCUUGCUGGAAAUUGGCACCAAUGCCAAUGGCAGAAGCAGCACUGUGUAGGUGGCACGGCAGGCGGCUCAAUGGGUGGAGCUGCACCUCAAGCAUCAGUUGAGGAAAUGUCAUGCAGAAUGGAAUAAACUGCCCUGUGAAUGCAACCCCAGUUUUUAUCCAGCAAACAGAGUCUUUGGGCCCCUCCAAGUAACCCUCUUUACUGAGCCUUCAUCCAGAUUUGCUUGCACAGACAAGAAAGAGAUUUGACUGGGUUGUCUCUCGCGUUAGUCCUACUCGUUGCAGACACACAGGAAUUAAUUGAUGUGACUAACCUCAGUCCAUUCAUUUCAAUGGGCCUACUUUGGGUAUGACUUAGUUGGCUGCAACCCUUUGUUGUUGUUGUUUAGUCGUUUAGUCGUGUCCGACUCUUCGUGACCCCAUGGACCAGAGAACGCCAGGCACUCCUGUCUUCCACUGCCUCCCACAGUUUGGUCAAACUCAUGUUGGUAGCUUCGAGAACACUGUCCAACCAUCUAGUCCUCUGUCAUCCCCUUCUCCUUGUGCCCUCCAUCUUUCCCAACAUCAGGGUCUUUUCCAGAGAGUCUUCUCUUCUCAUGAGGUGGCCAAAGUAUUGGAGCCUCAGCUUCAGGAUCUGUCCUUCCAGUGAGCACUCAGGGCUGAUUUCCUUAAGAAUGGAGAGGUUUGAUCUUCUUGCAGUCCAUGGGACUCUCAAGAGUCUCCUCCAACACCAUAAUUCAAAAGCAUCAAUUCUUCGGCAAUCAGCCUUCUUUAUGGUCCGGCUCUCACUUCCAUACAUCACUACUGGGAAAACCAUAGCUUUAACUAUACGAACCUUUGUUGGCAAGGUGAUGUCUCUGCUUUUUAAGAUGCUGUCUAGGUUUGUCACUGCUGCAACCCUAUGCCCAGCCUUUAUUGAGUGUUUGUUAUAUGACAUCAAUAAUUUCUGCUGAUUUGCUUGCACGGUGUUUACACAUCUUUGUGUUGGUCGUUUGUUCAUCCCAUGCCUUUCGGUCCCAUUUCCUUGUCACUUUCCUAAUUGCCUAAUGCCUUUUUCUUUAAGUGCAUUUGUUGUGCUAGGGGUGACAGAGCACUUGAAUCCAGUUUAACAGUGGAAACCCCAAUUAACAGGUAUGCGCUUGAAGCCUCCCUGCAAAGUACUGACUAUCAGAAGAUGCCCUAAAUGAGAAACGAUGAUAAAUUGCAGGUGAUCAAUGACUGCUUGUCAAGAUGGCUGUGUAUUACCUCCCAUUUCAGAGGCAGCAUGGUGCUGAAUACUGGUUGCUGCAAAUCACAAGUGGGGAGAGUGUUGUUGUAUUCAUGUCCUGCUUGUGAGCUCCUCAGAGGCAUCUGGUUUGCCAGUGUAGGGAUAAGAUAGCCCCUUGGUGCAAUUCAGCAAGGAACCUCGCCGAUUGCUAGAAGUCCAAGUGCAAUGGUUGCUUUUCUUGUUGUUGAGUUCACCUGGAAGGCAUUCCUGCCUUUCCCCCUCCCCCUUUAGCUUGUUGAGGCUCUCCAAUUGCAUGGUCAGGAUCAAAGAUGAUCCCUUGUUGCAUUAAGGCCAGAUUAAGAGCAUUAACCAUAAACUCCCACAAAUACUCAUGCCAGAUUUCGACAAGAGUCUCGCAUAUUUGAAUGCAACACUAAUUUUAAUUGCUUUGUUUUCCUCGCAUUGGAGUGAUUCUGUGAAUUCAACACAGGCUCCCUCUGGGACCCAUCCCAAUACCUCAGUUUCACAAUCUGUAAAAUCAGUAGGCAGGGGAAAUAGUUGUUCACCUUCUUGCGCUCUAAACCUGGGUUUGUUGACAUCAGUGCCAUAGCAGGCAGAUAGAAAGUUUUGUCCAUAUAAAGCAGGGGUGGGGAAUCUCUUUUGACCUGGGAGCCACAUUUCCUUCCAGACAACCUUCCAAGGGCCACAUGCUAAUAAUGGGUUGGUCCAGUGGCUAUACUGGGUGGCGCAAUGAAUGUAAAUUUCACCUUUGUACAGUAGGCUAGUUUCUGCAUACACACACAACUCUCUAUCUUCCAUCCAGACAAGCAAGAAGCACGGUCAGAGUUCAAUGACAUAUUCCAGAAAGGCAAAAACAAGCAAGGAGGGUGCGAAAUAGGGCACGGCCAUUCUAGCUGGGGUUGAUGGAAGUUGUAGUCCAAAACAUUUGAAGGGUACUAGGUUGGUGAAGUCUGUUCUGAAAGUAGCCAGGGCUGUUAUCUUGGUAACAUAGCAAUAACUAUCAAGUUUCUUCCCUUAUAGGGAAAGUGGUUUUGAUUUCACAGGGCCAUUCAUGUUUGUUAUCAAAGGGCUUGUUUCUUUUAUUCCUCAUUAAUUGAAAUGAUACUGGGUUGGUCACUCAGGGUGACAACCAACAGCGUCCUACUUGGCAUCCAUUGAAAUUAAUGGAACUAAAUUUGGCAUGCCCAUUAAUUUCAAUGGGUCUGCUUCGUAUAGGACUAACGUUGAAUGCAACUCACAUUCAUAAAUGUCACAUUCAUUUUGUUCCUCACAUUUUUAUUAAUUUACGCAUUCUUAAAAUAUGCUGCUUAAUGCCAUACUGGUGUGUUAUGAAAAGACAUUAAAAUUAAAAUUUAGCAAAAAAAAUUAAAACCUAGAUAAAAACAAGACAAAACUUCUUAUCACAAAUAAAACUGAGCAUUAUACAGAGCAGAGUUAAAAAGGUAAGAGUCCAGGAAAGCUUGGGGGGAAACCUUUAAGUUUUAAAGAUGUAUUUAAAGAUCAUUAUGGUCUCUGCCUCACAGAUUCAAUUGGGCUUGCUCCCAAGUAAGUGGAAUUGGGGUUUCACCCUAAUUUUUUGUUGUUUUUCCUUCCACUGGGGCAAUUGAGAAAAUAAAUCGAAAGCUACUAGGACGAGUUAACAUCAGCUCCACUGUGGACAGAGAUGGUUAAGCACUCUCACCCAGCACAGAUUGAGUCAGGAAAACAAAGCCCAUUCAUUUCCACUAGCAUUUGAAAAAUGAAAUGGCUCGUUCUUUUUAUUCAUUACAAAAUGCACCCACCACUACCCUACUCUGUAAAAGUGCACGUUAUCUGUAUUGUUCCAUUGGCUAUUGCAUAGUUGGAGAUUGUAGAGCACGGAAAAGUUUCAGAAAAGGACAGCAAAAAUAAUCAUGAGGAUGGAGCAACUCCCUUAUGAUGAAAGGUUACAACAUUUGGUCUUGGGUUUUCUUCUCUCUCUUUUAGUUUACAUAAAAGGCAAAUAAGAGAAGACAUAGUUGUUAUUGCUUUUGUUAUCUGACUAUUGGAGAGACAAUGGAUAGGAGUGUAUAAAAUCCGACAUGGUGUGAAAGUAGUGGGAAAAUGCAUGAGGUGGGGAGUAAUUCUUCAUGCAGUGAAUAAACUGUGGAAUCAGGGAUGACCACCAACCCAGAUGGCUUUAAAAAGGGAGUUAAAUACAUUUGUGGAGAAUAAGGCUAUCAUUAGCAACUAGCCGAUAUGGGCUACAUUUUGCCUGCAUUGUUAGAGGCAGGAUCCCUCUAAAUACCAAUUGCUAGGAAUCACAGUUGGGGAGAGAGCCCUCUUGCCCUCUUUGCAGGCUCCUCAUAACGUAACAGGCAACUGGUUGGCCACUGUGAAAACCAGCAAGCCCAGCAUCAUCUAUGUCAGGGGUAGCAAGAUCUACAAAACCUACUGCUCAUUGUGUAAAGAUUCCGCCAGCUCUGGACCACAAUACCUUCCAAGAAUGUUCCCUUCCCACCCUCUGCACCCCGAUUUUGGGUGGGUGGGUGAGUCUUGCUCUUAUCCAUAAUAAUGAAAAAAUAAAAUAAAACAAGGAGCCAAGCUUUGCGGUAGGCAUGUGCUCUCAUCUCCCAGGAUCCGUCCUAACAGAUUUGGCCAAGCUGGUUAACGGUAUUUGCGGUUUGCAAGAUCCUACAUGUCGAAGGGAAAUGACAGACGCAUUAUUAUCACCUCUCCGCUGCUAUCUGCCCAAACCUGCCCAAACCAGGGAAGGGGGUCCUUGCAGCUGCUUGCUCAGGGAACGCAGAGAAAUUAGCAGCCCGGGGCACAAUUUUUUCCCCUCCCCCCCCCCCUUGUCUUGCUCCCUCUUUCCAGGGUAGCAGUUUCCUUAGGAUCCAUUGACUGCUGCAUCCCCAAACACAUCUGGAGGAGAACUCUAAUGAGGAGAAUGGAAUGCAAAAAAAAAAUCCUAACAAAAGAAAAAUUAAGGGUGUGGCUUUUUAAGGGGGGGAUGAGGAUGGGAAUGAGUAGGAAACAACAGUAAUGGUUUGGAUCAUUUCCUUUAAGAAAGAAGGAGGACAAACCCCUCCCUGUGCUUUUCAAGUCUAGACACUUCUGUGUCAAAAGCUGAUGAUAAACGGGAUCUUAUCAGUUGGGAUUCUGUUGAGACACAUCCACCUAGCGGUUCCGGACACAGAGUUAUUUCUCCGAAGGAAUAUUUCUGGGCAAGGCAAGGCUAGCCUUCAGCUCUCCAAAUACUAAAAGGGGGGGGGGAGAGAGAUUCAUUGCCUUGUCUCUGCCUUGUCUCCCUCUUUUAUUUUCUACAAUGUAUAAGGAGAGGUGGAUCUUGCUAUGAGGCAGCCAGAAGAGAUUUUGAGGGUCGCAGAGUGGGAGGUGGAGAGAUCCGAUCUGGCAACUGGGUAUGGACUGCAGCUCUAGUGUGUGUGGGAGGGAGCUCAAUGCCUUGCAUGCAGAAGGUCCCAGGUUCAAUCCCCAACAUCUUCAGGUAGGGCUCAAAGAAACUUCUUCCAUAGCCUUGGAGAGUUGCUACCAGUCAUUGUGGACAAUCCUGAGCUAGAUGGAGCAAUGACCAGGCAGUUUUUCUCUACAAGAGUUUCUCCCCAAAUCAACUGAGAGAGACUAUGAUGCCCUAGCACAAUAAGCAAAUGUUAUUAAUCUAUUUUUGAUGGCUUAGGACAUGAGAUUCUAGGAAAAACAGUGAAGGGUCUACUAUGACAUAUUGAUUUGCAUCCAACUGACUUCAUGCAAGACACCACUUUGGGCCAGGGAUGUAUCCAAUAUAUAGAUAUAGGCACUGCAGGAAUAACAAAACGAUAUUCAAAAGAAAUCUGUGGAAUCCCCUGUCUCUCAAGAAUCGUCCAAAGAGGGAUACGGGUGGCGCUGUGGUCUAAACCACUGAGCCUCUUGGGCUUGCCAAUCAGAAGGUUGGCGGUUUGAAUCCCCACGAUGGAGUGAGUUCCCAUUGCUCUGUCCCAGUUUCUGCCAACCUAGCAGUUCGAAAGCAUGCCAGUGCAAGUAGAUAAAUAGGUACCGCUGCGGCGGGAAGGUAAAUGGCAUUUCCGUGCACUCUGGUUUCCAACACAGUGUUCCAAUGCACCAAAAGCGGAUUAGUCAUGCUGCCCACAUGACCCAGAAAGCUGUCUGUGGACAAACGCCGGCUCCCUCGGCCUGAAGCAAGAUGAACACCCCAUAGUUGCCUUUAACUGGUUGUAAUGCACAGGACUCCUAUAAGAUGCAGUGAUGGUCAUUGACUUAGAAAUCUUUAAAGGGGGAAUUAGACAAAUUCAUGAAGGAUAAGACUGUCAGUAGCUACUGGCUGUGAUGGCUAUGUUCUGCCUGCAUGUCUCAGAAGCAAUUGCUGGGAUACCAGUUUCUGGAGCUCACAAGUGGGGAGAAUGCUGUUCCAUUCAGCUCCUGCGUGUGGGCUUCCCAUUGGGGCAUCUGGCUGGCCACUGUGAGAAAAGUGUGCAGGACUAUUCUGAACAUUUCAAAUUCAUAAUGCAUUCAAAGGAGAGAGAAAAGAAAAUUCCUCAUAUUUGAAGAAUCCGAACCUAGUGCCUAAUUGCAUGGGACAUCCAUUGCAUAAAAAAUAGCAAAGCCAUCACCUGUCCCUGUCACCCCAACAUUGUGUCUUACACCUGGUUUUCAUUUUACACCUAGACUAGGGUUUGGCAUAUUUCAGGCUAGUCAGUUCCACUCUGUUUUUAACAAGAACCCCCAAGAUUUUUCCAACCAGAUGCAGAAUAGGUGUUGUCAGCCAUGAUACAAUACUUCACAAUGUGAGAAUGAUUAUUGUUUAUUGCGUCUCCUUCACCCUCUUCUCAGCCACAAUGUCCACAGCAUCAACUGCUGCUGUUGUUUUCAUUUCACUCCAUAUAGGACAAAUACCAGGGACAGCUCCUUUGAAAAAUUGCCAAAUCAAAAGGCCAAACAACAAAGAACACCAGUCAGCUGUAAUGAUCCUGAAAUGAUCUGGUCUUUUCUCCUUGCAAUAAAGGAAUAGGGAAAUGGAAACAAUGAGUGCGGUUUUCUUUUUAUACCUAGACCAGGGAUUGACACAUUUCAGGCUAGUCAGUUCUACUCUGCCUUUUGCUAGAACCCCCAAGAUCUCCUAACCAGAUACAUAAUUGGUAUUGUUGGCCACAUAAUGAGCCCAGUGUUUGUUGGUGCCCCCUAGAACUGGUAGGGUGGGAGCCCAACAGGAGGCGGAGCCAGAGCCAAUGACAGGCAGAGCCAACCCAUUCCAAUUUUGCACCAAUGCUCCUCCCUGCUGGGUUCUAUAAGAGCAACACUGAGAUUAAAGAGGAAGAGGAAGCUGAUGGGCCAUUCUGCCCCUCGAACUGAAAUAAAGACAGGCCAUUAGAGAUCAGCUAGGAGACCCAGCCUAGUGCAGUGGUUAGAGUAUUGGACUAGGAACUGGGAGACCAGGGUUCAAAUUCCCACUUAGACAUGAAUUUUACUGGGUGGCUAUGGGUCCCUCACUGCCUCUCAGCUUAACCUGCCUCACAGGGUUGUUGUGGGGAUUAAAUGAGGAAGAGGGGUGAACUACAUAACCUACCUUGAACUCCUUAGAGAAAGGGUGGGAUAUAAAUGCAAAAGAUAAACAAAAAUAAGAAUAGUUGAGGUGUUUGUCCAAAUGGACCAGCCUCCACAGUCUGAACAUAAGAGUUUUCAGUGAAGUCAUUUCGUUGUUUACUUUAUUUAUUGGAUAUAUAACCCACCCUUCAUCUUGAAGGAGACCAGGCUGGCAUCCUUUGUUUAGCAGCUGAGAGCCAGAAAGCACUUGCUGAUCUGCUUCAAAUCACCCAGAGAUCCACCAGUCUACUUUCUGCUCAGCCUAGAGUGCAACAUAGAAGAACCUCUUCCUCUGAUUUCAGCCCACUAACCACUCUUUAAUUGGGCCCCAUCAUUAGUGUUUGAAAAUGACGAUAUAAAUCACAGCCUAAGGGCCUCCUUCUCUGGAACUUGUUUUGUUAUAGGGUUUCUCGCCCUGGGCAGGUUGCAACAAAGCAAGGGGAAACGUUUCUAAAGCAAAAAUGGAACUGCUAACCCAAAACAGUCUUACAAUAUUGUAGCGACUGGGAACGUCAGACUCGAGGGCCAAAUGCAGCCCUCAAGCCCUCUCUAGCCAGCCCUCAAAAAAAUCUCCCAGAGCCACAGCCUUCACCAGCUCUGCUCUGCAUCCUCCUUGAGCGUCUUGGUCUGGCUGGAAUGUGCCCUUGAAAUCUGGCAAUGCCUUUUGCUUACCAGGCUGAUGGAGGACGGAGUGGGGUGCCUGGACGUCUGUGCAGAAACCAGACCACUGUACAAUCCACCUCUAUUGCUUUGAUUACUUUUACCUCUGGCCCCGCCUUCCCCUGGCAUGUGGCCCCUGGGAGAAUAGGUGGCCCUUGAGCUGAAAAAUGGUUCUUGCAAUAUUGCCUUGUCAUAAUUAAGGAUAUGUUAUUGUCAACAGCAUGGGCCCUGAGAGGGUUAAUGGGAUCCGGAAAAGCAGGAAUAAGCUCCCCAUCUGCUCCCAGUAAUUUUGAAACUGACUUGCGUUGCUAUACUUCCCACCCCUCUCUUUUUCUCUCUCCAAGGGGCUUAGAGGGUCUGUGUUGUCUCUCCCCGAUGGCCAACAUGUAGUUGGUGAAAGGACCACGGCUCAGUGGAGGAGCCUCUGCCAUGCAAGCAGGAAGCCACAGGUUCAAUCCCUGCCAUCUCCAGAUAGGACUGGGAGAGACUCCUGUUUGAAAUCCUGGAGAGCUGCUGCCAGUCAGUGUGGACAGUUCUAAGCUAGGUAGAGUAAUGGCCUGACUCAGUAUAAGGCAGCUCCCUGUGUUCCUAUGCUUUCCAUUGGGGCAAGGAGUGGGAGGGUCUAGAAGCCAAAGUUGGUGGAGCAAUGUCACAAACCAUUGGUUGUUUUGUCUAUCCUAUAUCCAGAGAAGAAAGUCUGCAGUUCAAGGAUGCAUUUCGCUCAGACAAAAAAACAAGAACAUUAAGGAUGCAAAGCAGGAACAGUGACAGAUAUGGGCUGGGAAGAGGAUGUGUGACCUAGGGAGACUGAAGAGGGAUUGCCUGGGGAAUCAGGAGGUGCAUUACAUGUGUACGUCUGUAUCCAGCCUUCAAAUCCCUACUUGGCCAUAAAGUUCACUGUGAUUUAGGUGUGAUUCUUGCAUUGCAGGGGGUUCAAGUAGAUGAACAUUGGGGGGGGGGCGUGGUUCCUUCCAACUCUGCAAUUCAAUGAUUCACAAGAUGACCUUGGUCCAAGAACUUUCUUUCAGUGUAAUCUAUCUCACUGGGUUUUGGGGUGGAUAAUGGCCUCAUUUGGUUAAAUUUUUUCAUUUGUUCCUAAACGAUCCUUUUGUACAUGAUUGUAGCUACCGUAAGUGUAGAGCAGCUGCUAGGCAAAAGAUCCCAAUGCUGAUGACCCCAGAGUCAGAGCGAUUUUUUAAUAGCACCUGCACACACGUUUUGGAUGACCUAGAAGGUGCCCUGAUUUAGUUGGGCGUCAGACUCAAGCACUUCUAAAUACGGACUUCUAAAAUGAUGUCUGGUAAUCUAAAACAAAAAUAGAAUUGUUUUUUGCUCCAGAGCAGUUGUUUUUUAUUGCCAGCCAAAUGUAUGCAAAUGCGAUACUAGUCUAUUAGUUGGUUACAGGUAAGACUUCUUUAAUAAGAUAAUAGCUGCAAUUAUUACGCAUGUCUGAUGAAGCAUGGGUGGGCAGAUCAGUCUGUUCCUGUUCAUUCAGAAACCCAGUAUGUCCUGGUUUUCCAUUAAUCUGCAAUUACUUAAAUAUGCAUUUUAAACAUAUUUGAUAGUUGAGAACUGCACCACAAAAUUCAGAGAGAGAGAAACCGGAGGCACAAAAUCUGGGGAAUAACUAUGUUCUGGUUGUGCAUAUUACUAUAGAACAAGGGAGGUAAAAGUUGUUGUUUUUUAACCUUCAGAUAACAAUGCCAUCCCCUGCUCUACCCACUUUUGCCUCUGCCCCCACAGACCACUGGCAUUUGGGAUUGACAAAAGGUAUCCCUGCUCCUGUUUCUACAGAGAUGGUCUCUUGCUACUCUCUCUUUGCUUACUUCCUCCCUCUAGAAGCAAAGUGAAUGGCUUGACUAGUCCUUACAUGGCAGGGCACGUUUUUGCUGUCAAAAACAUUCCUCCCAUCUCCCCACAAAAUGCAACCCGAGCACCAAAACAACACGCACCACCAAAAAGUCCCUUAAAAACACCAGCUCACAUCAAAAGCUCCCAAGGAAUGUUCGUCACCUGCCCAAACAUGCCCUUCCAGGUAAUAUCCCAGGAUUUAGAAUGUGGUACCUAAGAGAGAAAAGGCAGGUAAAACCUCAAGUUUUGCUUUGCUUACAUCUCCAUAGUCACUUUGUGGAACCCCAUAAGCCUACAAGGAGAGCCCUGCUGGAUCAGGACAAAGGCUGGUUUAGUCCAGCAUCCUCACAGUAACUAACCAGAUUCCUCUGGGAAGCAUGCAAGUAGGACUCUCCCUAUGCCAGAAAAGCAAGGUUUCCUUCUCUGUGCAAUAGUCCUUGCUGAGAUGGCAAGGUGCUUUGUCGAAAGAAUUUUUGAAAGUCCAGGUAAAUACACUAUGUCGACCAGAUCACCACUAUUUAUGUUCUCAUUGACUCUCUCAAAGAAUUGUGCAUUAGUCCUUGCUGAGAUGGGUACCAAUUCUGUAAGUUACCGUAUUUUUCGCACCAUUGGACGCACCGGUCCAUAGGACGCAUCAAGUUUUUUGGGGGGGAAAUAAUGGGAAAAAAAUUAUUUCCCCCCCAGGCGCUUGUGGGGCCGGCGGCGGGGAGAAGAGCGCUUCUCCCCGCUGCCCGCCUUCACAUAAGGUCCGGGGACAGCGGGAAGACGCGCUGCGUCUCCCUGCUGUCCCCGGAGCUUGGGGGCAGGCAGCGGGAGAAGCGCUGCUCUCCCCGCCGCCCGCCUUGAUAUCAAGUCCGGGGACAGCGGGAAGAUGCGCUGCGUCUCCCUGCUGUCCCCGGAGCUUGGGGGCAGGCAGCGGGGAGAAGCGCUGAUCUCCCCGCCGCCCGCCUUCACAUCAGGUCCGGGGACAGCGGGAAGACGCGCUGCGUCUCCCUGCUGUCCCCGGAGCUGGGGGCAGGCAGCGGGGAGAAGCGCUGCUCUCCCCGCCGCCCGCCUUGAUAUCAAGUCCGGGGACAGCGGGAAGACGCGCUGCGUCUCCCUGCUGUCCCCGGAGCUUGGGGGCAGGCAGCGGGGAGAAGCGCUCUUCUCCCCGCCGCCCGCCUUCACAUCAGGUCCGGGGACAGCGGGAAGACGCGCUGCGUCUCCCUGCUGUCCCCGGAGCUUGGGGGGCAGGCAGCGGGGAGAAGCGCUGCUCUCCCCGCCGCCCGCCUUGAUAUCAAGUCCGGGGACAGCGGGAAGACGCGCUGCGUCUCCCUGCUGUCCCCGGAGCUUGGGGGCAGGCAGCGGGGAGAAGCGCUCUUCUCCCCGCCGCCCGCCUUCAGAUCAGGUCCGGGGACAGCAGGAAGACGCGCUGCGUCUCCCAGCUGUCCCCGGAGCUUGCGGGGCCGGCGGCGGGGUCUCCCCGCCGUCAGCCUCCAAACCACUUCGGGAGACAGCGGGAUGGCGGCGUUCCGCCUCCCUCUGUCCCCCGACCUUGUGGGGCUGGCGCUGGGGCUCUCCUGAAGCCUGGAGAGCGAGAGGGUCGGUGCGCACCGACCCUCUCGCUCUCCAGGCUUCAGUGAAAGCCUGCAUUCGCACCAUAGGACGCACACACAUUUCCCCUUCAUUUUUGGAGGGGAAAAAGUGCGUCCUAUAGUGCGAAAAAUACGGUAAUUUUUUAAAAAGCAACUCAAUUUGAAACAAUGUUAUUUUGACUUUUCACUUUAGAUGUGAAAUAGUCUAGAGUCAGCACUGCCUUUGGGGGUUAUUGCCUUCACUUCACUUGGAUGUGAAUUACAACUAAGACAUACACACCCCAACAAUGACUUGGGGGUGGGAAUCUUACAUUCCUUUCAGACAUGGAAUCCUAACAAUUAUCUUCCUCUUUUUUAUAUAUACUGUAAAUGCUAUUCUGUCACCACCAUGGUGGGUUCCAACUAGCCACAGGUAACAGGAACGCAAGGAGUGAGAAGAAGGGGAGGGAGAUACCCCACAAGCCAGUAAAUCAUUAAUUUGAACCAGGCUAGCCAACAUAAAUAUCAUACUUUCUUUGUGCAAAAUUAUGUUGUACAUGUUUUGCCUCUCAUGGUGGCCCACAAAUUGCUGCUGCAGAUUGAACAUGAUAAGAGAAGCAUUUAGGAAACUGGAUUUUUAUGAUGUUUUAUGGUAUCGUUUAAGAAGGCUGACGCAAUUAAAUCUUUUUUUAAAAAAAAUGGAAUGAUGGGUAUUUUAUCAUUGCAGCAUCAUGUUCAUUAAACAAUUGUUAACUGCCCAGAAUUUGCAAAUAAGGAAGAAGGGAUAUACAGCUUGGACACCAACAACAGAUAACAGAGCACUGCCACAAAACGUUGCAGUGUGAAGUGCUUCUGUCCAGGGUUCCAACCAACCCACCAGCCGGUUGCUCUUACACUCAAAUGUGUUAGCAAGCCAGGAUGUAGCCCAACAUAAACGUAUGAGCAUAAAGAGAAUUAUACAUUAGACAUAACCGCCCUGAGAUCUACAGAUAAAGGACGGCGUAAUCAAUCAAUCAAUCAAUCAAUCAAUGCCUUAUGGUGUGCAUACUUCUAGACCUGGGGUAUGAAAGUGUUUGUUUUUUUAAUGCAAGGGCUGCAUUCCUUUCAAGAGACGCAUCCCAGUGACAGAUGGGGCAGAAGACAAAGUGGGUGGUUCUCCCACCCCUCCUAAUUUAAUCCCCACAAUAACCCUGCGAGGUAGGUUGGUUUGAGAGGCAGUGUCUGGCCCAUGGUUACCCAGUGAGCUUCAUGGCCAGGUGGGAUUUUGAACCCUGGUUUCUCCCAGGCGCCAGUCUGCUACUCUAACCAGUGCAUGGCCUUAUUAUACCAAUUUGUCAAAAAGGCUCCUUCUGUAUAUUUCCUCCAUCCAUACUGACAUCAACUAAAGUCUCAAACUCUGGCCCUGCCUGUGAAUCUGCCUUAAUGUCUCCACUGACCCAUUUAUGUGAAAAAGGACCAUUACUUGGGUUCCAACCUCUCCCCAGUUUCCCUGCCAGCUUCACUGUCCAUUUGUGAGGAGUCCAAUAAUCCCUCCGGGGUUCCCCUUUAAGGAGGGGUUGGGGAUUAUUGGGGGGGGGGAUUUCCCCCUUCCCUGGCCAGGUGUUAAACACAUGGAUGACUCCUGUCAAAGGAUCCCUUUCAUGGCCGACAUUCCCAGGCACGUCCCCAGCAUGUCUGGGAAACGAAAAAGUUCUGGGACAGCGGAGGUGCUUUACGCUAAGCCGCUCAGUACAAAUUAUCUCGUUAUGCCAUGUUAUGACACGGAGAAGAAACCUUUCCUUGAGCAGCAGCAGCAGCUCAGAGCCUGGGGGGGGGGGAAGCUGCCACAACCCCACACAGACAAGCCUCCUCUGAUAACCCCGUCAAGUCCCAACAGCUCCUGUGAGGCCUCCAGAGAUUCUUCGAAAACAACAAUCCCCUAUUGGUGGCACGUGCAAAGCAUUGCCGCGUUCGGAGGGAACCUGGAUGGGCCACUGGCUGUUGAAGGUGCUUUGGGGUUGAUUUAUGUGGCUGGUUAUUCCUAUUGUUUUGCUCGGUGGAGCACGGAAAGGGAACCUCAUGUCUCUUGUACAUAGAGAGGGAGUGCAUUGACAGGCAUCGAUGGGUGCAAGUGGCCCUCCCAAGUGGAGACUUAACAAGCAGCUAGGAAGGGUCAUGCCCACUGUGCAUGUUGGGUAGGGGGGCAGGGAUGGCCCACCCAAGAGUCAAGGUGAGGUGACAGGAUCUGUAGGGGCAGGAGAUCCAGCCUCCAAGGAAUGCAUCGCCCGCUGCUACUGCUUCUGCUUCUGCGGAAGCGACAGCUGCAACAUGCUCCUUGGAGACCAGAUCUGUGACUUCCUUGGCAGGGACCCCCCCCCCCAUGUUGUCUCUACAAUGGCUACUUGGUGACUAGGAGGCACUGUCAGUCUCCUCCCACCUGUAGGGAGGAAAUGGUGGGGGCUGCCCUCUGGAGUCCUCUGGACUCUGCACUCACCUGGUGUAAUUAAAAGUGCCCCCCUCCACUGCAACAGCCUUUGGUUCCCACUUCAACCACCGAGUAUGGUUGAUUUGAUUCCCCUCCCCUUGAUCCAGAUGUAGAUUUUUACUCUAUCAUCUCUAUCUAUCUAUCUAUCUAUCUAUCUAUCUAUCUAUCAUCUAUCUAUCUAUCAUCUAUUUCUCUCCCCCCCCCAUUGUUCCCAAUGUAGAUCUUAAUUUUUCAACCUUUUCCCCGAUGCAGAUCUUUAUUCCACCAUAACCCUUGUUCCUGGUGUAGCUCUUCAUUCACCCCAUUCUUCCCUGGCUGGGAGGCAUUUUGUGGUUCGCCUCAGGUGCCAAAAUGUAUUGGGCUAACCAGCAAAAUCCUGUGACAGCCCCCACCUCCCUCACACACUGAAAGAACAAUCACCUUAUCUCAGCAUGUUCAGUAAAUACAAGGGAUGUGGAGGCCAUCAGAAACUGCCCCUCAAACAGGGGCGCCAACUUGAAUAAAAUACUGGGGGGGGGGCAGGUAAGCCUCACCCCACAUAAUCGAUCACAUGAAACAGCAGAUGCACACCAUUUUAUGACAAUACCCAUCAACUUUGGGGGGGCAGCCCCCUCAAUUAUUUUAUUGGGUAGGCAUAAGGGACCUCGGCCCCUAGGAGUUCACUCCUAUGUCCUCAAAUGACUCCACCUUGAACUCCAUACAGAAUGCUUUUUCUUUGGCACAAAAGGAGUGGGGGGGGGGAAGAAUUAUUAGUUUUCAUGAUAGCAAUUAUUCAAAAUUUACUGCUCUUGUGCAACUUUUGGACUGAUGGGCUUGGAAUGUGACAAAAUUUAAUCAGGCAACAAAGCAGGCGAACUGUAUAAAUUAGGAGGAGUGUCAGUAUAAGUUGGGCUUUCCCUUACAUUUUUUUCCAAAAUCUGAAGUCUGUCUGUGACAGUGGCUUGAACUUUGUGAAGCCCAGAAGAUUAACUACCGUACCCCUUAAGCAUUGCAUUUCAAAGCUGGAGUCUUUCCGCUAGGAAAAUGGCAUUUGUACUUCCGCUGUGUAUUCUGUUGGGUGGCUGUGCUGAGGGUUUAAAAACUAUGGACUAGAAGCUUGAAGUUGACAAAGCAUGCAGAUGCACAAUGGGAUGAGGAGGAAAGGGAAGGGAGUGGAGUGGAGGAAGAAAGUAUUCUGCAUCAUGGGGAUCUCCCUUCAACUGAGUCAGACCAUUGCUCCAUCCAGCUCAAUAUUGCCAACACUGACUUGCAGUGGCUCUCCAGGGUUUCAGGCAGGGGUCUUUCCCAGCCCUACCUGAAGAUGCCAGGGACUGAACCUGGGGGCUUCUACAUGCAAAGCAUGUGCUCUACAACUGACCCAUGCCUCUUUCCAGAUCAAUGCAGAGGGGAGAUUCGGUUCUAUACCAAUAUCCCACCAGAUGUCCAAACAUUAACAAGGAGGGUUGCCACUUUUUUGUGCCCUAGAGGCUCUAAUAGCAAUGUGGCAGGGGUAAGUGAUGGGCUGUGCAAUCACUUGCUAAAUUAUCAGUGUCAGGUUGCCAUUGUCUUUACCUGUUCAAAGCUCUUUUUCUUUUUUUGGAGCUGGGUAUUCUAGAUUUUUCAACAGUGAGGUCUUGUUAUUCUCGGCUUCCACCUCAAGCCAACUUGUCCCAGCAGAUCCAUGCAAGGAGCAAACUCAGUGUGAAUUUUUGGGAUCUCUGAGCAAAGGUGCUUGCUCUGGCAUGUUGGAGAAACCCCUCCCAUUCUCAGUCCUUGCCAUGAAAGAGAGAGAGAGAGAGAGGCCAACCAAAUAAUCAGGAUACCACUGGUGGGUGCAGAGGGGUGUGCCUAAUAGAGGCUGGUCCACAAUGGGUGGCAAAGUGGGCCUGUGGUCUUUGCUAGGGAUGUUUGCAUUCAAACAAGAAGCUACCGAAUUUGCACUUCUUGGACCACUACAUGAACCGAAAUGCAGCUGUCAUUCAGAAUUUGCAUUUUGCAAGGCUGUUCUCCUGCCAAUGUUUGCAACAGCAACAAAAAAAUGCAUAUAUGGGGGGGAAUGUGCAUUAAAAAUGAACAUGUUAGAGAAAAAUGACAUACACAAAUGCGUUGUAUAUGGGAAAAUUGCUAGCAGAAGUGUGUACCUGAGUCAAAAGCAUUAAUUACAGUAGGUCUACUGGGAGCAGGAUUUAACUGGAUACAACCAUGUGCAUUUGCACUUUGUCUCAUGUCAUCUGGUGGUACCUGCUCAGAUAGCUUUCUCUGUAGACAGAGAGACAGGUAGAUAAUUAGCAUGAGCUGUGCCUGGUGGUGAUGUAUCUAUUGACUGAACUCGACAUAGGUCAGCUUCUCGCUCCUGAUCAUACACCUGCAUGUGGCUAUUGAAAACAAAAAGGAGUUCAGCAAGUAGAAUUACAUAUAAUUUAUUAUUUCAAAUUUUAAUUAGUUAUACUUAGUUAUACCGCGUUGUUUAUACAAAAGUUCAAAGUAGCUUACAUUUAAAACUAACUAACUACCCAUCAAACUAUGGAAAUGGUUUAAGCUGACUUGGGCAGCAUACACACUAUGCAACACAAAAAUGAAGUUUUUCUCAAUUUUGAGUCAUUCAAGCUCAUCUUCAACAUGCUGCUGAGUCUAGAUCCUGCUGCCCACAAGGGUUGGUGCAGUUACUUGAUAUACAUCUGAAAACCCUCCCCUUGAUUAGGUUAGCCAUGCCUUUUCCUCCUUGCACCUGCCUGAGGUGAAUGAAGGAGGAAGUGGCGAUUGUGAUCUUGGUAUAUGCCCACAGCUGCACAGUGUCAUCGGACGGGUGUGGAUGCAUCUUCCCUCCACUGCCAGCCCUGCCUACACCUGUAUUCUAAUGGACAUGCUGUGGAGUAACGCAAGAUCAAUCUGCAACGAGCUUUUAUUUUCAGUAUGAAACCGAUUCCUCAAGAAACAUUUGCCCAUCCAAGGCAAAAGAAAAAAGGAAGAAAGAAGACGUACUAAAUCUAGAUUGUGCAUGGACAAUGUCAAUGAAACAAGUACUCAGUCUCCACUGAUUCCAGAAUAACAUGGCAUGUGUAUGCAGCCUUUGAGAACUUGUCAAUCAAAUUCUCCCUGUCAAGCAUAACCUAUUAGCUGAUUAGGAUCAAGUGGAACUAUAACUGGAUGGGUGGAUCAAAAGAACAGUAGAUUGAACUGCUUUGUAUCAGAGAUCUGCAAUUCCUUUUCUUCUAUUUCAUUAUCACUUUUGGGUUUGUUUUUUUAGGAUCCUGAUUUGUUCCAUUAUAACUUAACUUAACUUAACUUAACUUAACUUAACUUCACAACAAGCCUGGGAGGUAGGUUAGGCUGAGAGGUUGCGACCAGUCCAAGGUUGCUCAACAAGUGGAGGAUUUGAAUCCAGGUCUCCCAGAUCCUAGCUUAGCCCUCUAACCACUACACCAUACUGGUAUUAAUUUGGUUCUUUGUUUAUUUGUAUUUCAUAUUCAUUUCGUCAAUCAUUUCCUCUUUUGUUCUUUUUAAAACAGUUUUUUAAAUAAAAAAAUAGUUUUAUUUUGGAGUCCAGCAGCAAAGCUGGAUUCUGGAGCCAUUCCAAGAGACUCCCCCCCCCUUUCAGACCACCCCCCAAAUUCAGCAUUUCUGAAGGGGGGAAAUGGUGGGCCCCCACUAGUAGUUGUCAUUUCCCCUCUAAAAGAACUAUGCAACAUCCAGGGCAUUCUGGGAGGCAAUAAAGGAUGGCCACUAGAUACAGGACUCAGCUACAUUUGUAAAGAUAAAGCGCUUUAUAUGUGUUAUAACACUAUGACACCGACAGAACUUCCCUGUAGGAAGUUUGCAAUGUGUUUAACUGAAUUGCUUCUUUGAUGUAUCUAGAUCCAGCCACAAUUACAGAUGUCAGCUCUAUAACUACAAGCACCAAAACAGACCAGUGCUUCCCUUAUGCCUCUGAUAGGAGAACAAAUGGGCAUGAGCUGCAGUUCCACAUCUGACUCAAUAAUUCAUUCCUCUCUGCAUUAAUUUCAGAACAUAUCUGAAAACUGUACUGAGAGGUACACAUUCAGCCAAAUUUUCCAUUUGUUCUGAAAUGAAUUUUGUAAAGGGCUAUAACUCAGUGGUAGAUAACUCAUCUGCUUUGCACGCAAGAGGUCUCAGGUUCAUUCACUGCCGUCCCAGGUAGGGCUAGAAAAAACCUCUACCAGAAGUCCUGGAGAGUUGCUGUUGGCCCAUGUAGACAGUACUGAGCUAGACAGACCCAUGGUCUGGCUUGGAAGCUUCCUAUACAGUCGUACCUUGGAAGUUGAACAGAAUCCAUUCCAGACGUCCGUUUGACUUCUGAAAUGUUCAACAUCCAAAGCACGGCUCCUGCAGCCAAUCAGAAGCUGUGGAAGCCCCAUCAGACGUUCAGCUUCCCAAAGAACAUUUGAAAACUGGAACACUCACUUCCGGUUUUCGAUCGUUCGGGAGCCAGAACGUUUGACUCCCAAGAUGUUUGGGAGCCGAGGUACGACUGUAUUUCUUUGAAUGCAUAUCCCUGCUUAUGAAUGCACACACCUGAUUUAGGCAUGCUACAUAGAAUCAUAGAAUUGUAGAGUUGGAAGGGAUGCUGAGGAUCAUCUAGUCCAACCCCCUGCAUGACAGGAAUAUGGAGCUGUCCCAUACGGGGAUCAAACCUGCCACCUUGGCAUGAUCAGCACCACACUCUAACCAACUGAGCUAUCCAAUGCCUGUCGAAAACCCACAAGCAGGACCCUGGCACAAGAGUGCUCUUCCCUCCUAUGGUUUUAAGCAACUGGUAUUCAGAAGCAUUAUGGCCUCUGACCAUGGAGGAAGGCUACUGUUGCUAGUAGCCAUUGAUAGCAUUAUUCUCUAUGAAUUUGCCCAAUCCUCUUUUAAAGUGGUCCAAGAGGGUGGCCAUUGCUGCCUCCUGAAGGAGUAAGUUCCAUAGUACUUUCUUUUUACCUGUUCUGAAUCUUCCAGCCUUCAGCUUCAUUGGAUGUCCACAAGUUUUAAUGUUGGCGAAACCUUUUCUGAACCCUUUCUAAUGCUACAGUAUCCCCUUUGGAGGUGAGGUGAUCAGUAUUCCAAAAGUGGUUGCACCAUAGGUUUGUAGAAUGACAUCAUAAUUGAUUCUGCCACUUGGCAAAUGCAAAGGUCAGUGCUGGUUAGGAGGGGAACAGGUUUUCCAAAUCCAUCUUCCAGGCGGAUGGGUUGUCCCCUCUUGGUGGCCGUCCAUGGAGAACGAAUGAGAAGUUCUAGCAGACCCCCAUUCACAUUUGCACCUUGCUCCUCUUUCCAGUAUUCCCCGUUGCUCAAGAAGCUCUACUGUCAGAUUGCGAAGACGUGCCCCAUCCAGAUCAAAGUGUCAACGCCUCCUCCUCCAGGGACUGUCAUCCGAGCCAUGCCAGUCUACAAGAAGGCGGAGCAUGUGACGGAAGUGGUGAAGCGGUGUCCAAACCAUGAGCUCGGGCGCGACUUCAAUGAUGGUGAGAUCAGGUUCAACAGGAAGUGUGUGUUGUUGGUUCUCAAGAAGUUCUGGAAUGCAUUGGGUUGUCACGAGCUAUGAUUUAUUCAGUAUAGACCCACUGAAAUCAGUGGAACUUAGUUAUCCAUAGGACUAUAAAACUCUAGAGUUGAAAGGGACCCAACAGGCCAUCUGGUCAAUCUUUAUGUCUAUUCAUUUCAAUGUGUCCACUUUGAGCAGAGCUCACACUGGAUAUGAACCUCUGCCCCCUUAUAAUGGGUUGUCCAUUGCGAUUGGUUCGGCAGAAGGCAGUGAGAGCAACACUAGACGGCACCAGAGCCAAUGAGAGGCAAAGUUCAUCCCUUACUGAUGACAAGACAGCAGGCACAUCAGGGCAGACUGAGGUUAGUAAGGCGCAUUGCUUCCCCCCAGUCAGAAGGACAAUCUUGUUGGCUUACAUUAUGAUGGGUCUUGGCCUCACAGGAAUUUCUGCUGUUGAUGUUGACAUUCCAUUGAGUAGCAUUUCUUGCUUCUCCAUCCAAAAAGGCAACUAAAGGAGCAAAUACUUGCAGUUAAGCCUGCUUUUUGUCUUCACAGGUCUCUCGGCUCCUGCAAGCCACUUAAUCCGUGUGGAAGGCAACAACCUAUCUCAGUACGUGGACGACCCUGUAACUGGGAGGCAGAGCGUGAUGGUUCCUUAUGAACCUCCCCAGGUAAUCUGACUUGCUAAUGGGGAAAAAAACAAUGUUCGAAGCAAUAGGCAUAAUUUCUCUCUCUCUCUUUUGCGGGUGUUGGGUUGCUAGACCUCUUGAGGUUCAGAGCCAGAGGGAGGAGCCUGGGAAUCCACAAUGUUGAUUGGAGAACAGGGUGGAGCUUUCAGGAAAAGCAUGCUUCUCAUGUAGAGGCAGCUCCUGGCAGACUGAAGUUUUAAAUUCACUAUUCUCACCACUGUAUGGUAACAGCCAGAGGUUUCACAUACACACAAGUCCUGCAUUCAUCUCUCCAUCCAGGCAAACAAAAAGCAGUAUAUCACAGUCACCUUGAAUAAAAUAUUGGAGGGGCCCAGGUAAACCCUGCCCAGCAUAAUCGAUCACAUGAUGUGGUGCAGUGCACUAUUUGAAUGGCAAUGCCCAUUAACUUGGGGGGCCCUCAAAUAUUUUAUUGGGGGGACCGAAGACCCCUUGGCUCCUAGGAGUUGGCUCCUACGAUCGCAGUCAAGAAGGAGGACAUAACAGGGCCAUUGAGAGCUAUUGUGUCAGGAUAGGGGAAAGGGCAUUGCCUGAGAAGAGUCUCAAGGGCCAUAUAGAAAGACCCUUGAGGGCCACAUCCAGCUCUUGGGCCUGAGGUUCCCCACUCCUGCUGCACAGAGUGCAGCCUCCCACUGUGUGGGAAAGGAAGAGGACACUGGUGCAAAUCAGGUUUCUCCACUUGUAAGAGCCAAGCAUGUUAAAUAUGCUUUAAAAGGCAGCAGGGAGGAAGCAGUAUUUAAGCUGGCCAGUUUUUAUGCUGAAGGAAAAGCAGCUAUGCGUGAGCAUUGCCCAGUCUUAAUCCACCACAGAGGUUGUAGCUCAGUGGCAGAGCAUUUAUUUUGCAUGCAGAUGGUCAAUCCCCAGCAUCACCAGGUAGGGCUGGGAAUGUCCCCCUUCCUGAAAGAUAAGCUAGUUGGACCGAUGGUCUGACUAGAUACAAUGCAGCUUCUUUAACAGCUCCUCAUCUGGAACCAUGAGGACUAGAAUCUUACUUUCACUUUAAGGGCUGCAAAUGUCCCCUGCCUGAAACUCUCAAUACUGCUGCCAGCCAGUGGCGACAGUACUGAGCUAGAUGGAUCAGUAUCCUGUCUUAGUAUCAUUAAGGGCUGCAGCUAAGUUGCAGAGCAUCUGUUGUGCACGCAGAAAGUCUCAGGUAUCUCCAGGUAGGGCUGGGAAGGUCCCUGUGUCUGAAAUCCUGGAAAGCCACUGGCAAUCAGCAUAGGCAAUCUUGAUCUAGCUGGACCACUGGUUUUACUUGGUGCAAAGCAAACUUUCGCCUUACCUUCCUUCUGCAUUUAUUGAACUAGGGAUCUGGAGGUAUGGCAUACGUACUGCCAAUGUUUGCAAACCCCAGGAAGAAAUACCAAAUGUUGGCUGCAUCUACAUUCAGGAUGGGAACACCUACCAGGUGUGCUCUGCAUCCUCGCCUGUCAAGAAGCACACCUGUAGCUCCUCGCUCUUUAAAGGAUAUGCCCACCUUCUACUGCUCUAAACUCACAUACAUUGCAGCAUCUCGAAGGAGGAGAAAUGCAGGAGAGUUUUAGGGGGAAACCCAGAAGGAAAAAUGAAGACUGCUUAUAGGAAGGCUUGGAUCUCCCCCUACUGUUAGGCAGAAUUAUUGCAACUCUGAUUCUGCACAACAGUAUGUAAUAUGAGUCAAUUUUGGGCAUCAUUACUGCAACUUUGAUUCCACGCUCAGCUUGCAAUGCUUCGUGCCUUUCUAUGCCAAAGAGCUCAAAGUGGCAUGUGUAGUUGUCCCCUUCCCAUCUUACAACAACCCUGCAAGGUAGGUCAGGCUGAGAAAUAGUGACUAGCCCAGGGAAAUCCAGCAGGCUUCAUGGCUGAGUGAGACUUGAACCUGGGUCUCCAGAGCCUUUGUCUGCCACUCUAACCACUACACCACACUAAGCCUCUGCUUUCCACUUCAGAAAAAGGUCCGAGACCUCGAAAGGUCACCUACAUUGGGGUGGGCAGAAGAUUUACUAGUGGAGUUCUGAAUGAUCUUUCAUAGAUCAGCAAGGAUUCUGACUCCUGUUUGUUUAAUGAUAGAUGCAGCAACAACAAAGGUUUCCCCCUUAUAAAUUUCAUCCUCUAAACUGUUUUUGUUUUUUUGGUGGAGGAAGGAGGCUUGUUUAUGGGGUCACUUUAAACCUAUUAUUGUUGCUGUUGUUGUUGUUGUUGUUGUUGUUGUUAUUUACCCUGCCUUUUUCCCUGGCAGGACUCAAGGCAGCUUACAGAUAAAAAUGAGAACUGCUAAAAACGUAGACGAAACCAUCAUUUAAAGUGUUCUUAAACCAUGCCAGCAUAUUGGACCUCCACACAAAUAAUUUUGGGAGACUUAGGACUUAAAGAAGAAUAAGAAUUGGCUGUUUGCUUUGUGAAAUUGUGGACUGAAUUUGGGAUCCUGCCCUUGCACAGACCUUCCUUUAGAUUAGUACUGUCUACAAUGAUUGGCAGUGCCUCUCCAAGGUUUCAUACUGCCUUACCUGGAACUGCCUGAGAUUGGACCUGGGGCCAUCUGCAUGCAUAGCAGAUGCUGUACUGCUGAGCCAUGCCUUUUCCUCAAACCCAUUCCCAUCCAGCCAAUCCCUUCUACUCUUCACCUUUUCCCCUGUCCUCUUCCAGCAAAUGGGCCAGAUCCCACCCACCUCCAGUUAUAAUAAUAAUAAUGUUAUGCACAUCCCAAACAUGGCUCACCACACCUUCCUCCCCCUCUUUCUUCUUCGUCAGGUGGGUACCGAAUUCACCACCAUCCUCUACAACUUCAUGUGCAACAGCAGCUGUGUGGGUGGAAUGAACAGGAGACCCAUCCUCAUCAUCAUCACCUUGGAGACCAGAGAGUGAGUCAGUCAUGUGAACACCAGCUCUGCAAGAGGAAAUGCUAUUCCCUAAUGGACAGUCAGAUGAGUGGGGUUGAUUUAUGUUGGGUAGGGAAGGUAGCUGAAGAUUGGAGCCAUGCCUCUAUAGGGGGUAUUCCCUUGAAGACAGUUUGGAAAUGCAUGCGAAGUGCAGCCAACAGGUUGCUUACUGGCACAUACUUUUUAGACUGGCCUUAUGUCAAGUGCACUGGGUUCCGAUCUGUUUCCAUGCCAAACCCAAGGUGAUGGUUCUUACUUCUGAUGUGCUAAACCACGGGUAGGAAGCCAGUGAAUCCCUGACCAUUGGCCAUGCUGGGUGUGUGUUGGCAGAAUUUGAAUUAGGGGCAAGAGGGAAAAGGUUGGAUCCCAUCCCCCAUUACCCACACCAAGUCAGCCCUCCCUCUAAUUGCUAUUAACUGAAGAAAUAACAGCAGGAGAUGGAUUCACCAACUCCUGUGUUAUAUCUAGUUUGGCCCUAACACACCCAGAGUCAGGCUUUGGACCUUCCUCGUUUGUAAUCAUUCUUCUGCUUCCCACUGCUGCCACCACACAGCAGCUCAUGGAAGUAUGCAAAGUUAUCGCCUUCCCAUUUGACAACUAGUACAGUGGUUUAGUGUAUCAGCUUAGCACAUAGGAGACCUCAGUAUCUCCUGAUCUGAACCCACCCUUAGAUCUCUUCUGAGGUCCUCUACUGGGUUCCUUCUUUAAGGGAGGCUUGGAGGAGGAUGGCGAGGUAGAGGGCCUUUUCAGUUGUGGCUCCCAGACUGCAGAACACUCUCCCCAGUGAGCCUCACCUGACACCUUCACUGACAUAUUGUUGAUGCCAAGUAAAAAUGUAUAUUUCCCCACUUCCAGCUUUCGACAAACUAGGAAUAUUAUGGUUUUUGCUGCUAAAGCUUUCAGCAGCCAUUGUUUUAGGGAGGGUUUUGAAUAUUUUUGUGACUUGCACUUUUUUUUAAUGAAUGUGUUGGUGCUAACCUUUAAAGCCCUAAAUGGCCUCGGUCCAGUAUACCUCAAGGAGCGUCUCCACCCCCAUCGUUCUGCCCGGACACUCACGCCCAGCGCUGAGGGCCUUCUGGCAGUUCCCUCACUGUGAGAAGCCAAGUUACAGGGAACCAGGCAGAGGGCCUUCUUGGUAGUGGCACCCGCCCUGUGGAACGCCCUCCCACCAGAUGUCAAAGAGAAAAACAACUACCAGACUUUUAGAAGACAUCUGAAGACAGCCCGGUUUAGGGAAGCUUUUAAUGUUUAAUAGACUAUUGUAUUUUAAUAUUCUGUUGGAAGCCCCCCAGAGUGGCUGGGGAAACCCAGCCAGAUGGGCAGGGUAUAAAUAAAUUAUUAUUAUUAUUAUUCUUAUUAUUAUUAUUAUUAUUAUUAUUUCUAUAUUACAAGACAUUACACUGUAUUUAUGUUUUUAUGUUACUGCUAAUCACAGUAACAAGUCUAAUAAUAAUUAUAAUAAUUAAAAACAAGGUCAAUGGGUUGCAUCCAACCAUGUUCUGCUCAGAGCAGACCCCCUGAAAUUAAUGGACUCAAGGUAGUCAUGUCCAUAGGUUUCAGUGGGUCUUUUCUGGGUAGGACUAACAUUACAUACAGCCCACUGUUGGUAUAGAGGUUUACAUCUGCUGAAUUGACAUUGUCUUUGCUUCUCAGCGGACAGGUCUUGGGGAGGAGGUCAUUCGAAGGCCGAAUCUGCGCUUGUCCAGGCAGAGACCGGAAAGCGGAUGAGGACCAUUACCGAGAGCAGCAGGCCCUGAAUGAAAGCGUGGCGAAAAACGGAAACCCAAAUAAGCGGAGUAAGUCUUUGGGUUGUGGAUCAUGGGCAGCAUUCAAGGAAGGACAGCUGCCCCCAACCUGCUGCCUGUUACUGAAGUCAGUACUGAAUGAGCUGGGCCUAUGGACUGGUCUGGGAUAAGGCAGCUUCCUAUAUUCCAAAACUUAAAAUGACUGAAGCUAAUUGGCCGUAGGAUCCUAGGUACAAACAGGGCUUUCAGGACCAUGGACAGGUCACUGGAAGCUGCCUAUCUAUUGCUGCAUGAGAUAAAAGAAAGUACAGUGGUACCUCGGGUUACAUAUGCUUCAGGUUACAGACUCCGCUAACCCAGAAACAUUACCUCGGGUUAAGAACUUUGCUUCAGGAUUAGAACAGAAAUCAUGCAGUGGUGGCAGCAGGAGGCCCCAUUAGCUAAAGUGGUGCUUCAGGUUAAGAACAGUUUCAGAUUAAGAACAGACCUCCAGAACGAAUUAAGUUCUUAACCCGAGGUACCACUGUACUUCUUCAUGCUGCAAAUGGUUAAACGGUGGAACUUGCAACCACAGGGGCCAGCAAUGACCACCAGCUUGGGUGGCUUUAAAAGGUUAGACAAAUUCACGGAGAAGUCUUAUUUAUAGCCAUGAUGGACCAUUGAGGCAGCAGUGCAUUACGCCACCUUGAGCUGCAGGUUCUCCGCCAUUUUCCCCAAGAUGCCUUUGUGCUGUCACAACCUUGGCUCAAAUUAAGCCCUGUCUAAUAGCAGUCAUUGUUUCCUUCUCUCCCCUCACCCAGCUUUCAAGCAAAGUCCUCAAGGUAUUCCAGCACUGGGAGCUGGAGUGAAGAAAAGGAGGCAUGGGGAAGAAGAGACAUAUUACGUACCUGUAAGUAGCACCUGAGACUGGUUUGUGUGUGUGUGUGUGUGUGUGUGUGUGUGUGCAUGUGCAAUGCUGUACAAGUGUCAAGCCAGUCUAGCACGCUUUAAGAUAAACUAGACCACAGCUUUUCAAUGUGGCAUGCACAGUCACCAGUGAACUCACCACUGCCUCCUAUGAUGCUUGCAAAAGGUCCCAAUGAACAUCCCCUCCCCCCCCCAAAAAGACCCAUUGCACAUUUGAACUGUGAUCAUAGAACCAUAGAACUAUUGAGUUGCAAGGGACACCAAGAGUCCAAGAGUCAUCUUGAGAGGUGGUGGGCUCUGCUACUCUGGAGGGAUGAAAGCAGAGGCUGCAGCUGCAGAUCCUGCCCUGAACAGGGGGAAGGUUAGAUUGGAUGACCCCCCCCCCGGGUCCCUUCCGAUUCUUUUUAUUCUAACUCGCAUCUGUUCUCCUUGAUUCAGGUACGGGGCAGAGAGAACUUUGAGAUCCUAAUGAAGAUCAAGGAGAGCCUGGAGCUGGUGGAGUUGGUUCCGCAACAGCUGGUCGACUCCUAUCGCCAGCAACAGCAGCAGCUCUUGCAACGCCAGUAAGUCCCCAAAUGGUCUUUCCCCGCUUUCCCCCCAAAACAACUUGUAGCACUAUUAGGGUGAACAGGGUGCUGGAGGAGGAUGGGGACAAAACAAGAUUUAGUUGGUUCUGCCUCUAAUGCGCUCUGGCACCACCUGUUGUGUUCUCUGUGUUGCAAGCCGCUUUGUUUAUAUUUUUACAGAAGAGAGGAUUCUGUGUUUUCAAAAACCAUUCAGCAAAUUUCAAAUAUUUCAAGGAUGGUUAACCCUUUGGUCCAUCAGCUAUUGCAGGAUGGCAGUUCUCAUGAUAGCUCAAGUUUAAAUAAGCUGAUUAAAUAAAUAAAUAAAUAAAUAAAUAAAUAAAUGUGUACUGGAGCAAACUUCUCCUACCCUCCCAUCUCAUCCCAAACUCCAUUCCCCAUGCAGGACUCACCUUCAGCCUCCUUCUUCCUAUGGCCCAGUUCUCUCGCCAAUCAACAAGCAUCACACGGGAGGGAUCAAUAAGCUGCCGUCCGUCAACCAGCUUGUGGGGCAGCCCCAGCAGCACAGCUCCGGCGCUGGGACCACCCUUGGGCCGAUGGGUAAGGCAAGGCACCUAAUGCAAAAGGCCAAGAAUGUUUUCUUAUCGUCUGUGCAGCACCCUUUCUCUGAAUCUUCCUGGUUCCCUACAGACACCCUGUCAUUUCAUUUCCUGUAGUCAAGUUCAGUGUGCCUGUAUUUUGGGCUUCUUGCAUGCUACCUGAGCCAGCCUCUCAGGGCUGUAUAGGGUGGGAUAUAUAGUUUUCUAAAUAAAACGGAAAGCCUCACUCUUCCUUUUGGAACCGAGAUGGGGCGAUUUGGGAAUAUGGAAGUGUAAACAGCUGCUUUGUGCUGAGUCAAACCAUUGGAUCAUCUAGGUUACUGUGGAAUGGCAGCAGCUGUCCUGGGUUUCAUACUCAAGGGGUAUUCCCAGCUUUACCUGGAGAAGCCAGGGAUUGAUCUUGGGGUGGGGUCCUUCAUGCAAAGCAGACACUCUACCACUGAGCUACAGCCCUUCCCCAAACUUGUGAGAGCUAUUUUGUGGUUCCUUUUUCUUUUUUACAAAACUCCCAAGGUUCUAGCAAACUGGAUUCAAGUAUAAAAUAAUGACUGUUAGGGGAGUGGGAAGCCCCUCCAACAGCCAAGAAGAGAUGAUGCCAUCUGGACAUGGCUGCCCGUUUUUUGACCACCCUAAAUCUCUGUUUUAAAAACAAAUAAAAUUUAAAAUUGCUUUCCUUUCCCACAAUGUAUUCUUGACUUGUAACUGACCAGCUAAACUGUCUCUGCCUGAUGCCUGAGUGAGGAAAAUGGAAUAGGACAUCAAGCUUACACUGAGCUGCAAAAUCAAUCCCAGUUACCUAGCGGUAACCCCACUAAAUUCAGCGGGACUUACUUCUGAGUGAACGUAGAUAGGUUUGGAGCCAUAGAUGGCUUUGAAUGGGCUAAUGGCCCAUCACAAAGCCAUUUUUGGCUCUUUGUUGUUUUGGCUGCAAAAGUUCUAAGAGGGAAAUUUAUUAACUUUGGAAGGGAACAUGCAAGGAAAGAUUGUGAAUAUCUGUUGAUGACUGUUUUUUUGUGUGUCUAUUGUGUGCUACACACACACACACACACACACACACACACACGCCCCACACACACCAUUUAAAAAUACAUACUUGUUGCAUCAGAGGAUGACUAGAUGGAACACAGACCCAACUGCAGCAGAACAAAAAUUGCCAGGUGAAAGGGCAAAUGAAUAUUGGAAUGGAUUGAGGCAUGUUCAAACAUCCCUACCUGGGUGUAAACCCAAGUGAACUCAAUGGGAUUUACUUCUGAGUACACACAUGCACCAUUGUAUUGUGUGACUGUCCUCCUAAGCCCAGCAUGCGCCUGGGGAACAGUGAUACUUACAAUCGAUGCCUGUGUGCCCACCUUUGCCCACUUUAGAGCCAACACAAUGUCCCCGCCCUAAAUACAUAUCUUUUGGUAGCCAUUUUUUAUCAUGCUCCACCCCAAGGCAUCCAUUUUGCGCUACGCUUCAGCCAUUUUGCGGCAUUUCUCAACAUUCCCUAUGAUCCCAUUGGCCCUGAAGGGUUGGCAGCCCCUGAGUUGUGUAAGGUUGUACCUGGAAUGUAUUUCACAAACUCACCAGGCUGGUUUGCUGCCAUUUCUUGAACCCAGGGCCGGGAAUGCUGAACAGCCACACCAUGCAGUCCAAUGGAGAAAUGAACGGCGGGCACCCCUCGCAGUCCAUGGUCUCAGGGUCGCAUUGCACGCCCCCUCCGCCCUACAACCCAGACCCAAACCUUGUCAGGUAGGAAGGAGGUGGCUCAGCAUGGGUCAACUCAGCAACGCCUGGUUUUGUUUUUGUUUAACCACACACUAACCUCUGUAGCAACUGGUUUGCUUAGGCCAGAGCUUUCCAAACUUUUCAUGUUGGUGGCACACUUUUUAGAUGUGCAUUGUUUCGCGAAACAGUAAUUCAGUUUUGCUAGCAAACCGGAGGUUAAACUAACCCGUUAUGAGAGAUACGGGCACUUAUCGAGUGAUGACACUUCAGCCGACACACUAACAUGUUGUGACACACAGUUUGGAAAACUCUGGCUUAGGCAAUGCUCUGUUGGGAGGUGGGUGGGAGAGAAAGGCAAGCGCUCCAUUUGCAACUUGUUUUCUUUAGCUAAGGGAUAACAAGAUGUUUAAAGUGGCAUCACAGAGUUUUAAAUGUUUGGUAUGGAUGUGGCCUAGAUGUUGCUGCCCUCCAGCUCCGGCCAGCAGGUCCAAAGGUCAUGGAUGAUGGAAGUUGUAGUCCAUCAACAUUUGAAGGGCGCCAUGUUGGCUACCCCGGCCUUAAGCCACAUUUCCUACCAUAGCUGUCCCUAUUCUUAAAAAUUGAUUUCUGUCAGCAUUAAAUGGGAGCCGGGGCGGGGGGAAGGGGACGUGUUAUGGGAACCAUUUCCCCUCAAUAUUACAAAAUAUCUUAUCAGUUAUUGGAGCCAUCCUAGGAUAUGAGAAGCUUAUCCAUUAUUUUACCAUUCCUAGAUUACCUUACUGAUAAGAGUUUAAUGUACCUGAGGACAUUAUUCUAUUCCCCCCCCCAUAUAUAUAUCUAUAUAUUUUUCUUUUUCUUCUGCAGUUUUUUAACAGGUUUGGGGUGCUCAAACUGCAUUGACUAUUUCACUUCACAAGGGUUACAGACUCUUUACCACCUGCAGAACUUAACUCUAGAGGUAAAUACCGAGAAGAUCUGUCGCUCUGUUUCUCUUGGGGCUGUCACUCUCAAAACAACGUUUUUGGGGAUGGGAUUGCGGGGGGGGGGGGCGGAUCUCAAGCAGCUGAAAUGCAUGCUUGUCACAGGAGAAAUAUCUUGACGAUGAUAUUAGUUCAACAAUAAAGACAAUUACCUAGAGCACCCUUCCCCACAACCUUGGGUACUCAGGUAUGGUUGAAAAGGCCAAAAACUCAGUGGUAGAACAUCUGCUUUGCAUGCAGAAUAACAACAACAACAACAACAACAAUAAUAAUGUGACUUUCCCACACAAUCAUCGGUUGCAUUUUUGUUCUAAAAAUAUGAAGAGCACAUAGCAGAAAAUGGUGAAAUAAUGUAGUCAGUUCUGUCAAGCACUGAACAGUUAAUGCAAAACUUCAUGCAACUUUCAAAAUAAUCCAGAUUAACUCUGUAAACCACAUGGAGUCUCUUUUAGGGGAAAAGGUGGUAUACUACUACUACUACUAAUAAUAAUAAUAAUAAUAUUUAUAUGCCACCCAUCUAACUGGGUUGCCCCAGCCACUCUGGGUGGCUCCCAACAAAAUAUUAAAAACACAAUCAAACGUUAACCAUUAAAAAUUUCAUUGAACAGGGCUGCCUUCAGAUGUCUUCUAAAAGUCAAAUAUUUAUUUGUUUGACAUCUGAUGAGAAGGUCCCUAGUUCAAUCUCCAGGUAUCUCCAGGUAGAAAAUGUCCCCCACCUGAAACCCAUCAGUGUAGACAAUGGGGAACUUGCAGGAUGAUACUGAGCUGGAUACAUAUUCUGAGGGAAAGCACACAUUUAAAUAUGUAUCCUGAGAGAAAAACGUAUUCUGAGAGUGAAUACAUGUUAGAACCCGUAAUCUGAAAGAAAAAUAUAUUCUAAGAGAAAAUACGCCUUUGAAUAUGUGUUCUGAGGAAAAAACAUUCUGAGAGAGAAUACAAUGUAUUCUGAGGGGAAAUGCACAACUGAAUAUGUAUUCUGAGCAAAAAACACAUUGUGAGGAAGAGCACACCUUCAAGCACCUUCUGAGAAAAAUGAACAUUCUGAUACAUAUUCUGAGAGAAAAUGCACAUUUAAAUAUUUAUUCUGUGAGAAAAACAUAUUCUGAGAGAGAAUACAAUGUAUUCUGAGGGAAAAUGCACAAUUGAAUAUGUAUUCUGAGCAAAAAACACAUUGUGAGGAAGAAGACACCUUCAAGCAGCUUCUGAGAAAAAAGCACAUUUAAAUAUGCAUUCUGUGAGGAAAACAUAUUCUGAGAGAGAAAACAAUGUAUUCUGAGGGAAAAUGUACAUUUGAAUACGAAUUUUGAAUGAUAAACAUAUAAGAAAGAAUACACGUUUAAACACAUGAGGGGGGAGGGCCUAUUUCAAUAUGUGCUCUGAGAGAAAACGGACAUUUAGAUAUGUGUUGUGAAAAAAAAAUCUUAAAUGUGUAUUCUGUGAGGAAAACAUAUUCUGAGAGGAUACAUAUUUAAACACAUAUUCUGAGAAAAGCACACAUUUAAACACAUGUUCUAAGAAAAAAUAUGUAGUUCAGCAUGGGUUUUGUGAGGUUUUUGGUUUUUUUGAAAAAAUGGCAGAUGCAAGGGAAUUAUAGGAAAAAACAUAUGAAAGCGGUAUGGAUCAGAAAUCAGGCAGAGUUCUGUAUCCCUACCCACUGUCCCCUGAGCAACCUUCCCCAAACCUUCUGCCCUCCUAUCAUCCUUGCUGAUCAGCCAUGCUGGGAUGGGAAUUGAAGUCCAAUCAUGUCUGGCGGGUUCCAGGCUGGAAAAGGCUGCUCUAAGGGAACCCUACACUCAUGUCUGCCCAAUAAAUGCCACAUGUUGCGCAGAACCAAGUCUUCACCAUGUCGUAUUUUGGUGCCAUGCAUUGUAUGUCAUUUUCCGCUUCGGGCUUCAAGCACUGAACAGAAAACCCUCAGAAUAAACCUUCCACAAACACCUGGGGCCAGUUGCAGUCUUAGACUGGAAUCAAAAGCUACUUGCUGCUUAACCCCAUAAAGUUUAGCAUUGUGUGUUUGCUUGUUUUUUAAAAAAAGAUCCCAUUUUUGCAUGAAGACUUUCCAUGUUUCCUGAGUUAUGCCCACACCGAACUCCCAACAGAGAAGCCUUUCAUAACUUGCUGCUCUCCAGACAUUUUGGGCUCCAACUCUUUUUGUUGUCAUUGUUUUAAAAAAAAUCCCAUUGAGGUGCUGAUACUCAUUUCUUCAUAAACGUUAUCUGAGUGCCGGUACAAAAUGGCUGGCAUCAUCAGCAAGAAAAGAAAGGCAAUGGUAUUCCAACUGCCUGCAAAAUAAAUCCAAAACAUCUGUAGGGCACAAAGUUUGGGAAAGCUGUAAUAGAGUAUUACAGUGCUUACUGUUUUAACUAAAUUAACACUUGCGCAUGAAUCCAUGGUUGUUUUCAUGAGUGGGACUUAAAACUGGCUGUGUUAUAAAUCAGUCUUCUGAGAAGAACAUGAGGCUUGUUUGGGCCUCUGUGUCUCCUCAUUUCCUCCCCCAAAUUCUCUCCUGCAUGAAUCACACAUGGAGGGCCAGAACACUUGCUAUGUUAAACGUGUAGUACUUGGGCCUUCCAUGUUUGUUUAUUAUUUAGCUUGAAAUAGUAGCCGUGAGGUAGAGAGAUCAGGACUGGAAGAGGCAAAUCCCUAGAGAUGGGUAUCGAUGGCUAUGAGCCACAAUGGCUAUGUGGAGGCAGCAAUGCUUCUGAAUGUGAAUUAUUGGAAAACACUGGAGGGAAGAGUGCUCUUGGUGGGCUUUCCAAAGGCAUCGGGUUGACUUCGGUGAGAACAGGAUGCUGGGCGAGAUGGGCUGUCAGCCUGAUCCAGCAGGCUCUUCUUAUAUUAAGGUUACCAGAUGUCCCUGUUGCCUGGGGACAGUCCCCAGAUUUACAAAUCAGUCCCCAUACAAAGUUGGGACGCGGGUGGCACUGUGGGUUAAACCACAGAGCCUAGGACUUGCCGAUCAGAAGGUCGGCGGUUUGAAUCCCCGUGAUGGGGUGAGCUCCCGUUGCUCAGUCCCUCCUCCUGCCAACCUAGCAGUUCGAAAGCACAUCAAAGUGCAAGUAGAUAAAUAGGUACCUUUCUGGUGGGAAGAUAAAUGGCGUUUCCGUGCGCUGCUCUGGUUCGCCAGAAGCGGCUUAGUCAUGCUGGCCACAUGACCGAGAAGCUGUACGCUGGCUCCCUUGGCCAAUAAAGCAAGAUGAGCGCCACAACCCCAGAGUCGGCCAUGACUGGACCUAAUGGUCCCUUUACCUUUUACCCCAUACAAAAUCCACUGAAGUUGAAAAGUGUCCCCGGAUUCAUUGAAAAAAAAUCUGGUAACCUGAUCUUAUAUUCUUACAGUUCACACAGUCCUUUUGUCAACCCAAUCUCCCAAACACCUUUCUUUGCAGGAUCUUGGAGCACUGAAGAUCCCGGAGCAGUACCGGAUGAUUAUCUGGAGGGGCCUCCAGGAACUGAAGCAGGGCCACGACUACGGAGCCCAGCAGCUCAUCCGCUCCAGCAGCAAUGCCUCCACCAUCUCCAUCGGCACGUCCGGCGAGCUGCAGAGGCAACGUGUCAUGGAAGCCGUUCACUUCCGCGUCCGCCACACCAUCACCAUCCCGAACCGCAGUGGGGCCGAUGAGUGGGCGGACUUCGGCUUUGACCUCCCGGACUGCAAGUCCCGCAAACAGUCCAUUAAAGAGGAAUUCACAGAGGGAGAAAUCAACUGAGUGUCUCUAGCGAGGAGCAUGGAAGCAGGCGAAUUAAGGGCAAGGAACUGAACAAUUGGACCUGAAAGGUAUUUGGCACAACAGCCAGGCGGAACGAGCCUUUCGGGUAGCCACCGAAAAGUAUUUUUUUUCAGAGCUUGGGGCAGGACGUGACAGUUGCGCUCUGGAGCUUAAAUGCAGUCCUUUGCGACGUACCUUUUCACGAAGGGUAGCUAAUUCGGCAGUUGCAUUUAGCAGCAGGACAUGCACUGGGUUAAAAAAAACCCCUGUGUUGUGUUGCACUUGGUUGUGUAGCAAACCUGGGUCAAAUGUGUAUCACAGCAUCAGGUACCUUAAGGAUAUUGUGUAUCUCAUUUUAUCUAUUCUCUUCCACCUCGUCAGAAAAGUCUCCAAGCCCCUAACUUCUUUAAGUGAGAACAGGGCUGACCUAUCGUACAUCGUGGGAGGUCUCCAUGGCCAACUGGAACCAAACCACUUAAGGACUUCUUUUCUUUAACAGACUGCCAAAAAAAAAAAAGUGUUUGUUUUUCUACAGUACUUUGCAGAACAGAAAAGCGGCUCUUUAUGAUUUGAUUAACCUGAGGGAUAUCUGUGUUAGCUGGGUGAAGGCUUUGCCUAGCAAGACAACUUUGUACACACACGUUGUAUAUACAGUAUACUCGCCAUGAUGUUGUAAGGUUUGUUUUCUGUGUAAGCUAUUGUGAAGAGUUCACAGAUGGACAAGGUUUUCCCCCCUUCUGAGGGGGUGCAAAGAUGGCAUUGUUCUUCCCCUACCCAAGAAAGGAAAACAAUUCUGCAACUGUUUCUAGAGUCAAAGGUUUAUUGCUUGAUCAAAUCCAAAUCAUUAUUUGGUCUUUGUAAUGGAUUCCUAAGCAAAACAUCAAAAAAGCUAUAGUUUUCAUCUUUGGGAGAAAUGCGCUCUCUGUCAUUACACUUCUCCACACACAAAAACACACACAAUAAUAUAUAGUUUGGUGCUAGCUGUUUCUUGCUUAGAAGCCCUAUAGAUGGGUUAUGUUCCCUAGAUUUCAGAACAAAUUCAUGCUUAGGUGAUAAGGAGCUGCAUUCAGCAAUGUGUGUGUUUUAUUGGCUCGGGUGCAAAAUUUUGCUUUGUAAGAAACUUGCUCUCUUUUUCUUUAAAUUUUCUUCUUCUUCUUUUGUCACAGCACAUUUCAAUAGACUCCAGAAAGGUAAGAGGUUUUGGAGGGAGCUUCCAAAUGCUAUUGGACUCCAACUCUCACCAGCUCCAGGCAGUAUGGCCAAAGGUUAGGGAUAAUGGGAGUCAUAGUCCAACAACAUCUGGAAGGACAACUGGUUAGUUACCCUUGCUUUAAAGCAACUCAUUCCAUCAGGUUGGCCACUUUGGGAACAGGAUAUAGCUACGAACAAGGGGUAUAUAAAUUUUGUUAAAUAAAUCAUCUGGAUAGCUCAGUUGGUUAGAGCAUGGUGUUGAUGACACCAAGGUUGCAGGUUUGAUCCUGAUAAGGGACAGCUACAUAUUCCUGCAUUGCAGAGAGCUGAACUAGAUGAAUUUGGUUCCUCAUAAGGCUUGGUUACCAGAUUAUUGAUUCCCUUGAUUACCAUCCUCUACCCUCCAGCUUGGGUGCCUAGAAUUGGACACAGUACUCUUAUAAACCCUCCAGAUGUUGUUAUCAAUUCCAAUUUCCAUCAGCCCCCAACCAACACGGCUAAGUGGCAGGGAUGAUGCAAGCUGUAGCCUAGCAAUACCUGGAAAGCCAGAGGUUCCCCAUUCUAUCCCAGGUACACAUAAUCGGUACCUCUGGAAACUUCCUCUUGAUUCUGACCAGGAUUUUCGACAUUGACUUUCCUUGUUUCACAUUAUUCUGCUAUUGUAUGUUGCUGUUUUCUUGUCUUUGCUAAGAACAGUUUGCAAUUCAUCCAUCCUGUUGCAGCAUCCAGGUAGAAUUUUAGAGCCCCCUUUUGUGACACUGUGUGAUUUUGUUUGUUUGUUUAAAAGCCCCUUGCAGGGCAAGGGGAAACACUUUGAUUUGGGUUUGGGUUUCUUGGUUUUUUAAUAGGCUUCUUCUGGACUUCCAUCCCUUAAAGAGAGGACUCUUUCAGAGGACUGCCCACUGUAAAGCAGGAGACAUACCACAUACUCCUGCCACUGAACUAGCAUAGCCAAAAUGCUACAGAUCUGUCACUCAUUAUGCAGCAAAAAAAUCCUUCUCCUUUUCUCUCUCACCCACUUUGCAUCACUACGCAGCGACUAUCUCUAGGGAGCACCCAGAUUUGCACCUUGUUAAAGAUCCUGUCUGAAAACUGCAUGUGUUUUUGUCCUGCAGGGGCUGAGACUUUGGGAACAGCCAAGAUGCAAUAGUGCUUGUGAAGUAGCAGUGAGUUAAAGCACUUUAUGUUGUUCUUUUCCCCACUCUCUCACAUCUUCAGUGGUCGCAAAAAUGCUUUCCUGGAGCAGUAUUACUACAUAUUACUCUGUGUGUGUGUGAGUGAGUGUGCGUGUGCAUCUGCAUGCUUAUGUUACUAGCAAAUUUCAAAAUGUUGGGCACACGUCAUGAGCAGCUUGAGCAAAAAUCCAGAAGCUCUGGAAGCAUCCUGGAGUCAGCAGCAGGGAUGGGAGAGUACAUUUGUUUAGUAUGCAUGCAAAGGUGAGCCUUCAUUCGCACUUUCUAGAAAAAUACGAGGACUGAAGCACAGCACAGUAAUUUGUACAAACAUGCAUGUAAAGUGUACUUGUAUCUAGAGGUAUACAAGGUUCACAGUUUGCAGGAGUAAGGCCUAUCAUAUUUUGUUGAUUCAUAGCCAUACUGGAGAGCUGAGACCCAUAGGAUGCACAGAGAGAGUGCAUGUUGUUGACCUACCUGGGCUUCAGCUAGAAUUAGGCCUAUAUACACCUGCCAAAACCACAGCUUACUCUGGUAGAUUCAAAACCAUGAAAAGGGAAAGAAAGGUGUUGGCACUCUAGAUAACUGUAGGGAACUCUGGAGUGGCAUCUCUCUUUCCCUCCCCUUCUCUUUCUUUUCCUGCCUUCCUCCCUGUCCCAUGUUGAGAAAGAACAUAUGAGGAAGGAAGCCAGCACUUACAGGCUUCCACACAGUCUGAAAACCCAGGCUGUCCACAGUGAUGGGCUUGUGCCUGUUAGGACUGGAAAGCAGGUGGCUCUGGAGCCAAUAACAGGCAGAACCAACUACAGUGGUACCUCGGGUUACAUACGCUUCAGGUUACAGACUCUGCUAACCCAGAAAUAUUACCUCAGGUUAAGAACUUUGCUUCAGGAUGAGAACAGAAAUUGUGCUCUGGUGGUGCGGCAGCAGCAGGAGGCCCCAUUAGCUAAAGUGAUGCUUCAAGUUAAGAACAGUUUCAGGUUAAGAACGGACCUCCGAAACGAAUUAAAUACUUAACCCGAGGUACCACUGUAACUACUUUUGUCCUCCUCCUCUUUCUCUGUGCCGAGUUCUACAAGGGCAGAGCUAAGAGUGAGAAGGCAGGUGAGCUUGGAGGAAUCAAGGCUGAAGUUGGUGAGGCAGUGCCCUAAUGGACAGGUGUGUGGGGCCCAGCUCCCUAUGCCCAUAGACAUCUAUGAUGCCUCAUUAUUAUUUUGACUCUGUUUUCCCUGCUGUAACAAGUGGUGCUGAACUAGAGUCCCUUUUGGAAUAACCGGGGGCAAAGUUAGAUAUCUGCUGGCUAAUGCUCAGAGGUCCACACUCAGUGCAUGGACAACAAGGUAUGGGCUCCAUACCUUGUGCAUGAGUCCAAACCAGUACCAUGACCCCAUUGCCCCUUCUAUGGGUGGGGAUUCCUUCUCUUUCAUGCACAGGUCUUUCAUGCAGUUGUAUUUCCCAGAUGAAGCAGGGCAAAGAACAAUCCAUCUACAUUGGUUUGUUCUGGAAAUGGCCAGUAAACUUUCUGAUGUCUGAUACGGCAACCUCUGCAUCUCCUCCUACCGGUGGCUGCCUGACCCCUCUCAGGUGUGCGUGCCCGAACUUUUUGGGAUUCACCUUAACAUGGGCUUAAGAAACACAAGUGGAGCUUAAACUUUGUCAUGAAUUGUGAGGUUUCGUUUCAUUUUUAUUGUAAUGAUAUCUUUGAGGGGGAGGGGCGGGGAAAUGUGUUAUUUUUAUAGCUUUCUUGGGGUAACACAAUAAAUGGAUUUCAAACGUCGUUUGACUCAAAA